ACGAGCCAGAAUGAUCCGAGCAACGUGUGUGGCCAAGGAAGUCCUGGGAUCGGACUAGAUGAACCAGCUUUCCGUGUAACAUCUUAUCUGGAGGAGUUAGAGAAACACAGAUUCUCCGUAUGGUGAGCAAACUGAUUUUUCAGUUUGUUUUUGGUUUACUCCUGUAGAACUAUGCAAAACAUGUUGUCCCCCCCCCCUCUUUAGGUCAGGGUGGGGCGGGGGCAAUAGAAGCAAAACUAUCUAAGGAAACAUGACAGUUGAAAUAAGUGGUGAUUUAGUACUGGGGCUGUUCAUUAUUUCUGGAAUCAGAAAAUACAUUUCAUUUCUUCUGUUGCUGGAAGUGAUGCCGUUUGAAUCAGCCAUAAAAAUGAGUUCCUGGCCAUUUGUGGUUAUUAAAGACCCCUGGGCAUUUAUUUUUAAAAGAGUAGCUGCACAAGUAGCUGCUCUAACCACAAGAUUCUUGCCAAAUCCUUAUUUUAUAUUCUGCCAGCCUUAGUGCUUUGCCUGGAGUUUUCAGUUAGACAAAACAUGCUGCCUCCUCUCUCUUUCUCUCUCGCCCUCUUUCCUCCUGGCAUCAGAAUGCCUGUUCCACCUUAUGAGAAGCAUCUUACAAGAACUCUUAGUCUCUUCAAAGCUAACAAUUUGUGCAGAAACAUUUCCUAGACACUUUUUUUUUUAAGAGAGAGAGUGAAAGAGAGGAAAGGACCACUCUGAGUAGGUGAUGACAUGCGUAAUAAUGCCUGCGUAAUAAGGCAUGCAUAUCUAUUUCCCCAACCCAAGCCCACGUUGCAAAUUUCAAAACAGAAGUGACUGAAGUGGCAAAAUGCUGCCUGCCCCUUUUUCUGCCUGAUUUAUUAGACAUGAGGUACAUGCUCGCCUUGGCAGUUAUGAUUUCAAACAAUCCCCACUGGCCACAUGUGGAGCACUUAAGAGCACAAUUAAGGCUAUUGCUUUCGGAAUCUGAUUAUGAAAUGAUGAGCGGGCAGGAAGAAGUUUAAUAAGGAAGUAGGAGUGGGCGAAUCUGUCAAUUCCUAUUUCUCGUUUUGUUCCAAUCUUGAAUUCAGAUCUCCACAUUUCUACAUCAUUUGUGAUUUUUAUCGUAAAAAGAUUCUGCAGUAUUUUAGUGCAAAUUUCUCUUGAUAUACAUAAUUUCCCUAAUAUUUAUUUAUUUAUUUAUUUAUUUAGGCAAAUCUGUUUCCCCUGAUAGAAUGCAUUUUUAUAGACACGACUUGCCUGGAAAACUGCAUUGCAAAAUUCGGUGUGAAUGUCAAAGGAUGGCUUUGUUUCAGUUUGCGCAUUGAAAGUGCUAAUUAUGUACCUUCACCUUUAAAUUCGAAUUGAAUCAAAUCUCUGUUCCAUCCCUUAUAAGAAAGGAUUGAUCUUUGCAAAUAAUAUUUGUUUGAUAAACAAAUAUUAUUAUUUCUUAUUUAUGUGAUUCACCCUGCCCUGCCCAGCUCUACCCCUCUCUUACUUGCUCUACCCUAAAUCCCACUGCUUGUCUAUUGACUACUGGCCCACCUUAGAUUCACCAGCUGCCAGGAAGGUUGCUAUCGAAUAAAAAAAUGGGAACUCUACUCAGUGGCCCACCCAUAGCCUGCCCCAGCUGAGUGACUUCUUGAGUUGUCACUCAGAGCUGUUGUUUGUAGAGUAGGAAGUUUCCAGUUCUAGCCCUAGCGGAAAAGCAGGGACCAGUGGCUUUGUGGGGAGGGAAUGAUAGCUUAGUGACAGAGCAGUGCGCGUGUCACAUGUGGAAAGCCCCAGGUUUGGUCCCUGGCAUCUCCAGUUACCAAAAGUUUGAGCAGCAUGUGAUAGCCAAAUGAUUCUCUGUCAAAGACCUUGGGGAGCUACUGCCAUCCAGAGUAGAUAUUGAUGGGCUAUAUCAGGGUUCCUCAAACUUGGCUUUCCAGCUUUUUUUGGACUACAACUCCCAUCAUCCCUAGCUAGCAGGACCAGUGGUCAAGGAUGAUGGGAACUGUAGUGCAAUAACAUCUCUGCACCCUAGAGGCAGAGGCUUAGCAAAUUGAUGUGUUGCUCUACAAAAAUUCUAUGCAAUGCUGGGUAGCAAUGAGAUCAACAAAGGGUAUGCUCUAAGCUGUCUAUUGUUUAUCUUCUUCAUUUCUCUGCUCCCGCACUAUCUCCCCAACUUGUCUCUGAAGGGCUGCUCCCUUUCUCUGAUCCCAGACCUUCCUCUACUAAUUCUUUAACAAUAUAUUAUGUUAGAUGAUUAGAGACAAAAAUAAAAAUAAAAAAUAAUGGGGCUCUAGGUCUAGGAGCUUUUUAGGUUUCCAUAAACAUCAGAGUUUUAGAUACUCUGAGAUGCAAUCUGAGCAAUUUCCUUGAUCUUUUACUGGAGCUGGUAAAUCAUUUAUUGGGGUAGCCUUUUUACAAAAUCCUGCUUUAAAAAAAACCCCCAUAAAGUCUAUUUAUCAUAAAAUGCUGUACUACCAGCCAUCUUCAAAGUGAUACAUGUACUGCAUUAAUUAUCAGCUAACAAUGGCCUUGAAAAUGGUUUGGGCUUUUUCAGUAUCCUGGCGCCCCAUUAUCUUUGCCUUGUAAAAAAAUAAAAUUGAAAAUAACAUAAAAUUGGAAUACAGGAGCCAAGAAGUGUGUAUUUUAAGACAGGAUUUUCCUGAAACUUUUUUUUUUUAAGUGAUUGCAAAAACUACUACUCUUAUCACUGCCAAUAUUUGUCUCCAUAAUGCUAUAAUUCAUAGCAUACUUCAAUAAUAUGUGAAGCCCUAAGUGGACAAGCCUUGAAAUCUUUAUAAAAUGAGUCUGCAAACCCCAAAGGACCUACAGGGCCCAAUCUAUUGCUCACUUACUUCAGGGGCACAUUGAGCUGGAUCUGAAGAUGAGCUCAGUGGAGUUCAGGGCCGGUACAACCAUGAGGUAGGUGAAGCAACCACCUUGGGUGGCAGGAACCACAGGGGCAGCAGAUUCCGGUGUAGAUAUUUACUCCCCCCUUGUUCCUGGUGUCAUUCUUCACACCCCUUUUUGUCCCUAACAGUGAGGAGGGGCACCAUUUUGUGGUUUGCCUCAGGUACCAAAAUGUCUUGGGCUGCCCCUGGUGGAGUUCUACUUGCAGAGAAGAAGGUCCCUCUGCAGCCCCCUGAAAAAGUGCACCAGAUGACUGAGGAACUUUCCAGAACAGUGCAGGAGGUGGCUGUGGACAGUGGCAGAGGAAGGGGGUGUGGGGGGUGCGGGUCGCCCCGGGUGUCAUCACUGAGGGGGGUGACAAAAUGACAAAAAUAUGAGUUAAAAAAAAUAAUUGGGCUCACGAAACUUUUUAGUUCAGUCAACAAACAUAACGAAACGUGGCUGGCAUUGGGCGCCACACCAUGGGGGCCGGCAGUUACCUCAGGGCCUGCAAUGUACCUGAGCCACACGUCUCUCCUGGGAGUGACGUAGUGGCUUGGGCACCUGCAGGUUCCGCGCUCCCUGAAAUGGCAGUGUGGGACUUGAGUCUGCCCUCCGCCUCUCCAGCUGCCCUACAGGUGAGGAAGAGGCGGCGGAGAGGCUCCAUGCAGUGUGCCCCGCCCCUGGCUGCAGGAUGCAUGGGCCGCACCUGGCACCCAAGUGUCUAGCUAUGCCGCUGGCUGUGGAGGAGGCUGCAGGGGAGUGGGGAACUAGUGGAAAUUGCUGAACUAUCCCUGUCCUCCAGUGCGGAACCUCUGCUGGGUUCCAGUUCCCUCCAUGAGCAGGAGCCCUUAUGCUCAUGUGGGGGACAAGAGUCUUUGGUGCCCAGAAAGCAUUUCAUUUGAUGACUGCAGAAAACUCUCACCACCUCAGUUUUUUUCCCUAGCAGAAACUCAAUUCUUUCCCCAUUCUCAGUGAUUACAGUAUAAAAAGGUAAAAAUACAGUUCAGCUAUGAUUGUCCCCUAUAUUUUCCCAGAUUUUGAAUUUUGUUCAGUUGUGUUUCUCUUGUAUGCUGCCUGUGGCCAAUGGGAAUUGUCAGCUUGCAGCUCUGUAGCAGGUUGUGGGGGCAGCAAAACUUACCUGACCUCCCAUCACUGGUGCAAGAGGGCAGGGAGGUCUGCACAGUGCAAAUGCAUAUAUGGCACCUCCUACGGCAAAUAGAAGGGGAAGAAAUGUAGGCAGUGAGAGAUUUUACUUUCUUGGGCUCCAUGAUCACUGCAGAUGGUGACAGCAGUCACGAAAUUAAAAGACGCCUGCUUCUUGGGAGAAAAGCAAUGACAAACCUAGACAGCAUCUUAAAAAGCAGAGACAUCACCUUGCUAACAAAGGUCCGUAUAGUAAAAGCCAUGGUUUUCCCAGUAGUGAUGUAUAGAAGUGAGAGCUGGACCAUAAAGAAGGCUGAUCGCCGAAGAAUUGAUGCUUUUGAAUUAUGGUGCUGGAGGAGACUCUUGAGAGUCCCAUGGACUGCAAGAAGAUCAAACCUAUUCAUUCUUAAGGAAAUCAGCCCUGAGUGCUCACUGGAAGGACAGAUCCUGAAGCUGAGGCUCCAGUACUUUGGCCACCUCAUGAGAAGAGAAGACUCCCUGGAAGAGACCCUGAUGUUGGGAAAGAUGGAGGGCACAAGGAGAAGGGGACGACAGAGGACGAGAUGGUUGGGCAGUGUUCUCAAAGCUACAAACAUGAGUUUGACCAAACUGCGGGAGGCAGUGGAAGACAGGAGUGCCUGGUGUGCUCUGGUCCAUGGGGUCACGAAGAGUUGGACAUGACUAAAUGACUAAACAACAAGAUGGGGGCAUUUGCACUGUGCCAACCUUGCUGCAGUCUUACCCCUCUCCCUCUCAAUAAGCCACAGUGACGUUAGUGAUGGUUAGCUCUGCCGACUGCUACUGCCACAACCUCCAGAGGGGUGCCAGGUUGGGGAGGCUGGAUUAGCCACUGUCAGUGACGCAGUUCCAUUAAACCAUAAUGUACUCGGCAGUGUAUGAAAUCAGUCUUAAAACUGGCACUGAAAUCACAGUGCUUAAAAACCAUCAGGUUUAUUUCCACCUGCUUCCCAUAGGGGACACAUGAAUCUGAGAGCUUGAAGGAAAGCAAGAGUUAAUUGUAAGCGCUGCAGUGCCGUGGUGACAUUGUUUUUAACAAAAACAAUAAACUUUCAUUUUUUAUAACACACAAGUGAUUUGACAUUGAAAUAAAUGCAGAUGCUUCUUUGCACAGUGUAUUCCCUGUUGUGCUUUCUUAAACACCUUCACAUAUGGUUUGCCUCAUUCUUGUGAAACUGCUUGUUGUUUAUGUCAUACAAACAGAACAGAUUGAUUUUACACUGAGUACCUAAGUAGGGAGCAGAAUGAAUUAUCCAUUGGAAGCAAAUGAUUGCCUGUGUGUUCAAAAUAUUUGAAAUUAAUCUUGGCUGCUUGAAAAAAAAAUUCUUAGGAUUCUCCCCGAGACCUAUUUUACAUUUUAUUUAGGCUAUGUAAUGUUUUGUUUUCUUCUUUAAAAGGGGGAAAGUUUCAGUAUUUCAGCUUCACUUCUCGCCAAAUUGUUACCAUUUCUACAGAUGUCCGAAUCGUAGGUAAAACUGCCUGAACAAGAAUAAGCAGUCAGAUUUAGUUUUGGUCUUGUGUAAAUGUCUGUAAAGCAUGUCACACUCUUAAAGAACCCUUUUUCCUGGCUGUACCUUUGACUCCCAUACAAAAUUCAUUCAUUUUUUCAUUCAUUCACUUAUAACAAAUUCUUCCCUUUGCCUUAACUUUGCUCCUCACCUCUGUAUGCAUGUAAACUUUAUAGAUGAUCUCAUACACAGGAUAAUAAAUUAAGGUAGUUUUGUCAGCUUAGGUUUGUAGGAUAGUGAUAAUGGUGAUGAUCACUUUUUCCCCUGGCAUGCAUACCUAAAUUUUCUUUUCCAGAAACUGCCUACAUAGGACAUGUGCCCUGUUCCUUAUCUGCUUUAUGAAGCUCUCACAUGUAAAACACAUUUUGAUAAAAGAGCUUUUUUUAAAGAGAAAAAAGGGUGGAAAAUAGUGUUUCCCAUUGAAAAGGGCCUUAUACCACAACUCCUUUCUGCCCUUAACAUUCCAUAAACAAAUGGGAUUUUUUUGUUUUUGUUUACACCAGUUAAUGAAGAUAUUCAUGUCUAUUGGAGUAUGUUAUUCAGACAGAGGUGCCUAAACUAGGUUCAUAACAUUAUGAACCUGGUUUAGUUUAUGAGUUGAGUUUCUGCCAUAUGAACCUGGUUUAUGCGCCUCUUUUUAAAUAAUACGCCUCAAUGGACCUGUAUAUUCUCCUUCCUCUCCUUCUCCUUCUCCUUCUCCUUCAAUAAACAGAUAAGGGACACCCCUAUGUAUUCCAUUGAAAUGAAUACUCUGAGUAGAGGUGGUCUUGGGAAGAACACAAUCAAACUCAGUCUGAGUUUCUUACCAAGGCAGUUGGGGAGAUGAGGAUUGAGAUGACAAAAAUUUAUAGAACUGACUGUCUGUAAUCCAACAUUACACAACAGAUAAGGUUUCAGAUAUCUUGCAACUGGGAGAGAUGGAGGGAGAGUGAUUCUGCUGUGCAGAUGCCAUAUAUAUAAUUUAUAUGAUGAAAGGACACAUUUACCAAAGUGAAAGGAGAUCCACAAUUUUCAAAUGAGCAAUAAAGCAGUUAAGUGGCAUAUUUUAGUUGUGGUUCAUUUUCAUGGCUGAAACUAUUGCUUAGGUGCAUUUCAAGGAAACAAACAAAUGGAACUAAGUGCCAUAAUUAUUGUUCAUGCUUCUUGCUUUAAUAUGUACACAAAGCAUACUGGGAAAUAACUUGGUACCUAAAACUUUCUGCAAUUCAUUCUUCACCUUGGUGGCUACCCCCCAUUCAAAUUUUAACAAAGAAAUAUAUACACUGAGUCAACCUCAAACCACAGUUGAAGUAUUGGUGAACAUUCUCCAGAGCUACCUAGACUCUCAUUCCAUUUCAGAUAUGGACAUUCUUAGGGGCCCUGGGUAUGUAUGGGGAAGGUAAUUAUUCAGCCAUCGCUUUGAGACCCUAUGGAUUUAAGGGGAGGGUUGUUCCUCAAGUGCAUCUAUGUGACCAUGGAAUAAGGAGCUGGCUUAGAGAUGGUAGUGUCUGUCCUUAGUUUGCCCCAAAUGCACAGUCUGUCUUGCCAGUAUGACAACAGAUCAUUUUGUUUACCAAAGCUAGUUCUCUGCAGUUUGUUCAUGAAUAACUAUGCAAAUCCAAUGACUUGUAUCCCUGAAGGUUGACUUCACUCUCAGAUCCACCAGUUAGCCACAUCCCUUAGAGGUACACAGCAUGACCAAUGGCAGAUCAAGCCUGUAGGAAGCUGCCAUAUACCAAGUCAGACCAUUGGUCCACCUAGUGCAGUAUAGUCUACACGACUGGUGGCAGCUCUCCAGGGUUUCAGGCAGUGUCCUCACAAAGCCCUACCUGAAGAUGCUGGGGGUUGAACCUGUGACCUUCAUGCAAAGCAGAUGCUCUACCACUGAGCUAUGGCCCUUCGCCAAUUUUCUGAAGUCAGUGGAUGGGACUGUAACCAUCUUUAGGUGCAUGGGAUGGGAUUAGACCUCACAAGUCCCAUGCAAGUAAGUGAAUCAUUGUAAUGAAUAAAUUGUUGCGUAUCAUCCUCAGCUUUUCAUCCCCAAAUUGGCAACAACUAUCUGUUUCAAAGGCCCGCUGAGAGGAUGGUUGACAUGAGGGUUGUGAUGCAUUUCAUGUGAAACCAAAUAAGUGAUGCAAAUAAACAAUAAGGAACAAGAAAAAUCAUGUUAAGCCCAACAUUUCCCUUUUAAGAGAACUACAAAACAAAAGUGCUGUAAGGAGCUUCUGGCUCUUAUUAAGGGGUACAAGAUUAAGCUACAGCACUGCAAAUAUUUGGGGAAUAUUAAUUUGCAUGUGAGUCAGAGUUGUAGCUCAGAGUCUAUUCAUUAUGAAGAAAUCCCAUUUACUGUAAUAGGAUUAUUCCAGAAGAUAUGCUAGUACCUGUAGAAUCAUGGAACAACAGAGAUGAAAGAGGCUUCAAAGUCAUUUAUUCCAGCUUGAAGGAGGUUUCUAUUAGUACAAACAUUCCUAUCGGUUCAAUAUCAUCCAGAUGUUCUGUAAUGUCCCAUUUCUCCCAGGUUAGUAUGAGCUGUAAGAAGAGAGACCACAAGGAGCAUGGGGCUGAUAUCACCGCUCGACAGCAGAUCACACAGUUUGUAUGCAGAUGGUUCCUGGCAUCUCUAUUCAAAAAGAACACAGGUAGUAGAACUGGCCAGGCUGUCCACAUGAGAUCUUGGAGACCUGCAGAGAAGACAGCUGGAUGAACCAAUGGCCUGAUUCAGUAUAAGGGAAUUUCAGAUAUUCAUGAAUGCUAGAAGUGCCUCCAGGACAAGUGUCUUAGAAUUCACUUCCCACCAACCACCCAGACAAUAGCCAAUGGUCAGUUCAAGCAAGCAAGCAAACAUUCACAUGCUACAAUGGAAGGUGAGAAGAUCCCCAGAAUCAUCAAAGAGAACCCUUCUUCAUCUUUAAUAUGGCAGUGUGUUGGCAAAGAAUAGGGACCCAUCAAGCUGUGCUCCCCCACCUCCCCUUGUGAUGCAGCUGCCAGUUAACCAGAAGGUUGGUCGUUCGAGCCCACCCAGGGACAGCUGUGGACAGGAUUCCUACAUUGCAGGGUGUUGGACCAGAGGACCCCUGGGGUAGGGAUCCAGCUCUACCAUUCUAUGAUUCUAAGGGAUGUGCUUUUGUACAUUAUCAUUAGUACAUCCCAUACAACACCAUCAGCACUCAGAGCCAUCUAAAUAAUCCUGCAGGAUCAAGAAACACCUUAGGGGCUUCUAGCUUAUAUUGGUUGUACACCAUCCCUACAGGAUGAUGGGCAUUUCCUGAGACCAGUUGCUCCGGGCUGUGGGUCCUGUGGGCUGGAUAUGGAACAUCUACCUGAUCAGAACUGUGGACCCUCAGGAGGGGAGGGGCUUCCCUACAAUCCUUAAUUGUGUGUCAUGGGUAAAGGGGCAAUAAUGUAUCAUGUCCCUCACCCUGGGCAGGGGGAUUGGCUCUUGAAGUGCAGGUCAACGGAUUUCCUUGACAUUAGCUACCCAUCCCACAUUGUUAUUUCCCCCUCUGCAGAGUCUUGCAAUUCCUAAAUGUGCCCCAAGUUCAACCCAUACCACACUCCUUUUGUCUUUAUUUCCAGUUCUGGUCCAAAACUGAUCUUGGAACAUCUGACUACUUGGGGUUAGCAGGGAGCAGGAAAUGUUGUUGUUGUUUUUGGUCUUUGCAGAUCUUCCUGAAAUGGCUCUGGCAGGCAGAAGAGAAACUGGGAAGAGGGAAAGAGGAUAGGCAAAUGGGUUAUACGUACAGGAUGUGUUUAAAGGCCUGCUUGUUCAAUUGUGAAUAAAACUAUACUUUAUCUGUCUCUUGAUUUAACAGGAAGCCCUGCAAACUGGGAAUUUGCAGCAGUUGUUCACGAAUGUUACAGAGGUGUGAAUUACAUUCUCUAGCUGAGCUUUAAAGAGACGAGGGAGCGCGCUGGUGUGAUUUAGGCAGGCGGCCGGUCAGGGGGCGGAGGAGGCUCCUAGUGCUCAUUCCUAGAUCUUGCCCACUUUUGAUUUUUAGUUUUCCACUGAGGUAUAAUGAUUGAAAACACUCUGUGCAGUUUGCUUUUGCAGGAUUUAGCUUGGCCACGUGAGAGACAAAAUCCUCUGGUUCAAUCAUCCUUGCUUGCAGCAUGCCUGAGUGCUGUUUUUUAAAAGUUAUUUUUUCUCUGAGAAACAGCCGCUUCCCCCUUUAACUUUUCAAUCAAAGUGUAAAAAAACUAAUGUCUCCCUAUCAGAUAUACUGUACAUGGUGGAGUAUUUUUUAUAGAGCUUUAAAUUAGCCUCUGAUGUUUAUCCUAGGCAUUGCUUGCCUGUAAAGCCAGUCCCCUUUGAAAUUCCCUUUACAUUAAGGAAGUGCAAGCACCUUUUGCAGCUAUGUAUACCAUAUGAGAUGGAGAUGGUUCCCUAAUUUUAUUUGUUUUGGCCCUCAACUCAAAAUGUACUGUCUGAGUGUUCUGUUGUGUUUUGACACUGUUGUUUUUUUUCUGAUUGAAGUGCCCAGAUUCAAAAUCUUCUAAUUUGAAGAAGCAUACUACCAAAUGGCUUAAAAAACCCAAAACCUUUUAAUACAGACUAAGAAAAUAGGAUGUUUGUAUUGCAGUACAGUGGUACCUCGGGUUACAGAUGCUUCAGGUUACAGGUGCUUCAGGUUACAGACUCCGCUAACCCAGGAAUAGUACCUCGGGUUGAGAACUUUGCUUCAGGAUGACAACAGAAAUCGCGUGGCGGCAGCACAGUGGCAGCGGGAGGCCCCAUUAGCUAAAGUGGUACCUCAGGUUAAGAACAGUUUCAGGUUAAGAAUGGACCCCCAGAACGAAUUAAGUUCUUAACCCGAGGUACCACUGUAAUGACACUGGACAGAAACUAAAAGGAACUAGAUGAUAAAGUUCAAGUGUGGACCCUGAGACAUUGACCAAGUCCACACAUAAUGCUAAGCCAUGUUUUAUUAAACCAUGGUUUAUUAAACAUUAUGUGCUAACCUUGCCAAUGCAGCUUGACUAUAGCUUGUUUACUGCCCUCAAACGAUGAUCGGAAGCCAUGGUUUGUUCAGAGACGGAUUUAGAGCAGCACGACUGGUUCUGCUGACCUGAGCACAAAACCUAGGGGGUGCCGCAGGGCAAAACAACUAUGACGUAGUGAAUUGAGCAGAACAGAAAGCAAGAGGCUGGAUGAGGGGGCCAAACUUUGGCCUCACACAGGGUGCUGCUGAAAUUUGAAAGACCAACGUUCGUCCCUGGUUUGUUGUUGGCUAGUGAACCUUGACUUGACUUAACUAUUGCAUGUUGUUAUGUGUGAACUCAGCGCCUUUCCUUAACCAUAGUUUGUUUCUCUACCCAAUCCCAGAUGCAUUCAGGCUUCCUCUUCCCCUUUCCCACCACACAGUCCACUACUGUUAGGAAGGCUCCUUAUGAAUAUGGUUAAAAUAGGCAAAGGUUUCCUGUGUAGGUCUUGACUAAUCUGAACAAAACCAAGAAACACAGCUUAAAAUCAUGGGGACAGGGAGAUGAGGAAAGGGAAGGGAAUUAGGUAAAGCUGAAAAAGUUUGGCUCCUGCAGCAAUUCAGAGGGUUGGAGCAUCUGGGGGGUGGGGAGAGUAGAGGUGGAGCUGUCCAGUGAAUACAAAACCCAAGGGAAUGAACAAAGUGGAGACCAAAGGUCACAGCUAUAGGGGAAAGACUUUCUGGUGGGCAUGAUAUAUAAUACAGAAGAUGAUCUCAUUAAGGACAGGGCUGGGAAAAGUGGGCAUUACCUGAAAAAGGAUUCAGGUGAUGAGUUGCACUUGUUCUACCCCACCCUUCUAGUGCAUUCACGUUACUCAGGGCAGCUUACGGUGAUUAAAAUCUAAGCAAUCCCACAAAAGGAAUACAGCAGCAGCUUAAAAAUAGAAACCGGCUCAGCAGGUAAAAGCAUUUUAAAAUGUGCUGUCCACUUGAUGGAGUUUCAGAUGUGAAUUUUGGCUCCUUUGCAGAUGGAUCCUAUGAUUCAGUGCUCCAGGGGGAAGACACAUCCCAGAAAUGACUCUGGGAGUCGUAAGGGAGAUAGUUAUUGAAUAUCGGUUAAAAGUGUUGAACAUGGGACUGGAGGACCAGGUUUAUACAACAGCCCAUCCCCACUGCUACCUAUGCAAAGCCUAUGCACAACAGCCAUUCCAUUUCUUGCUUGAGAUGCUCAUACAGAAUCUUUGCCUAUGAGGUGCAUGGUACCCACAUGAGACCUGACAUUUCCUCAAUUCAUCCCACCCGUUUAUGGAAGAACAUUACUUUCAACUAAGAAUGCAUAUUUAUUCUUUUUUUCUUAACCUCUGCUUCAGUGCAUUCAUGACAAGAUCGUAUGGGUAUGUAGCUGCGUUUUAACAGUUUUUUAAUUUCAGUUGUUGCUUGAAGCACUGUGCUGGAAAUUAGACACUUUUAGUACUUCAAUUAUUGUUGAUUUAUUCCUCGUUCUUGUAGAUACAGUGAAUGUAGUUACUCAAGGAAGGUUAUCUAAUUUUGAAUGCCAAGCACCAAAUCUCAGUGUACAUCUUGGCAACAGCAAGAAAGACUUAUUGACUUGAAAUUUGUCAUGCCAGCAUGAGUGCCUUGUAGCAUUUUCGUUUACUGCUUUGCAUUAAAUGGGAGAAGACAGGAAAGAAAAAAAGCCAUUUCUUUUCCAGUCUGACGCUGGACUUAUCCGGGGUGCUAAAUUAUGUCAAGUCUUGGUUCCCAACUGGUGACCUUUGCUGAGCCCUAUCUCGCCUGAGGUGAGCAGGAUCUCAAGGGAUCUUUCUUGAGGUGAAUAUGAUAUUUCUCUUUGUCUUUUACUUUACCUCCUUGGGUUAAAUGGAUUUGAAUUUAGCUCAAGUUCAAGCCUCCCAAAAAAGAAAGCAGCUUGUUUUUCACUCUGAAUUAGUUCACAGAAGUUUGCAUUACACUAAAGGACACCCAUCCUUUGGCACAUGAUUGCGUACAUAACCAUCAUUCCCAGUGCAGUUCCUAUGUAGCUGCAGCUUCCUGUCACUCAGCUGUCAUAAAGAGCUCUGGGCUUGGGCAGGUCCAUGCUACGAACUGUCCAGCUGUGUGACGUAGCCUGCCUAAAUAGUUUCCCCCAAUCCUAGUUUCUGUAUGUCCUUUUCUUCCCCAUCCUAUCUCCAGGUCACAGAGGACUGAUUCAAAAUAUUACACUAAACGGUGAUAUGUGUGUCAGGAUGGAUGAAUCCCCCAAUUUUGGAUUCCCUCAAUUUCCUCUAUUCCCCCAGUCCUUUCCACCAGUUUGAGAUUUACUCUCCCCCCUUUAAGUCCUCAUGAAAAUUAAUCAGCAAAUUUCUCAUGAUAAACAUAAGCUUGUAUGCAAUUCCUCCCAACAUAGUGUAUUUUUUAAUGUUCUUUUCACCAAUAUAUGCAUUUCUACACACACUUUGCCCUAGUAUAUGCAUUUUUUUGGUACACACAUCUUGGCUGGAGGACUGCGUUGCAAAAUUAAGAGAAGCGCAGCUUUUGAAAGAUGGAUGUGUUUUUGCCCACACAUUGUUUUAGUCCACAUUCACACUGCACAUUUAAAGCACUAUGAUACCACUUUAAACAGUCAUGGCCUUCCCUCAAAGAAUUCUGGGAGCUGCCGUUUGUUAAGCAUGGUGAGAGUUUUUAGGAGACCCCCACAUUCCCCUCACAUUGACCAUUAAACCACUAUUGGAAUUGCAGCUCUGUAAGGGAAUUGUGGCAUCUCUUAACAACUCUCAGAACGCUUAACCAACUGCAGCUCCCAUAAUUCUUUGAGGGAAGCCAUGACAGUUUAAAGUGGUAUCAUAGUGCUUUAAAUGUACAUUCAUACCUUGGGUUACGAACGCUGCGGGUUGUGCGUUUUUGGGUUGCAGACUGUGCCGAACCUGGAAGUACCGGAAUGGGUUACUUCUGGGUUUUGGCGCUCGUGCAUAUGCAGAACCACAAAACGACAUCAUGUGCAUAAGCAUCGAAUUGCGUCAUGCACAUGCACUGCGGGUUACGAAUGCUGUGGGUUGAGAACGUGCCUCCCGCACGGAUCAUGUCCACAACCCAAGGUAUGACUGUAUCGUGUGAAUGCGGCGUCAGAAAAUGUGAAUUAGAAAGGGCUGCCUCUGAAUGUGAACUGGAACAAUUUCCCCCUCAUCCUCAUAUAUGUGGCAGAAAAAUAUAUGUGCACAUGUACCAAGCCACCUAAAAGAACAUCUCUCAUUUGAGGGACAUUUAUUGCUCUCAUCAUCCUGAACAUAUUCCAAUGUCUGUUUCCUAGCAGCGCAUUUGUUUUCAAUGACCUACCAAAAAGCAUCCUACGGCUUUGCUAAAUCAUCCCCCAACCUCCAAAUCUGGCUUCUUUGUAUAUGCCACAUGUUUUUCAUUAGCUUUUUUACUGUUUCCCCCUUCCCUUUCUGUAAUAGCUGACACAAAUUUUUCAAUUGCCUGGGAAACAACAGCAACAACAACAACCCUGUAAGCUGUUGCAGGACACUAUUAAUAGGUUUGCCUCCAAGUGAAUUAUAUAUGGGUGGCAUGGCACAUGUUUAGUCUUUCAUCCUUAUCUGUUUGAUCAUUACUUCCAAUCUGCUGUGUGAGAAAUGUGACUGGCAUGUUGUCUGGAGUAAAUAGAUGCUGCAGGUUGAGAUCAUUUAUGCAUGGCUUGAAUUUUGAUGAAAUUUUAUACUGCCUUCUGGGCUAAAUAUUUAACCUAAGCAAUUGUCCCAAUAAUUUGGAUGAAUCAAGCCUUUUGAGAUGGAAAUUUUACCUUUCAUUAUCUCCCGUGCUGUUUACUAUAAAACCUUCUGUGAGUGAUAGGGAGCAAAUUAAAAAAAACCCCACCUAAAUUUGUUUUGGGUACUUUCCUCUCUCUUUUAGUUCUAUGAGUUAUGAAAAAUGAAGUCAAGCGGAAGUAUGGAAUGGAAGGCUGCUCACUGAUUCCUUUUGAAAUAGAGGUCUCCAGCUGUUUUUGACUACAACUCCCAUCAUCCCUAGCUAGCACAACCAGUGGGAAUUGUAGUUCAAAACAGCUGAAGACCCAAGUUUUGGAAACCCUGCUCUACGUGAAACAUUCCCCACAAGGAAAAGCAGGCUAGAACAUUUUGUCCUGACGUGCUUGCUUUCUGUUUGCAAGGGUGUUGGUUAGUGGGAGAACAUUAUAAUGUUAUAAUCCCCAGCCUGAAGUAGGGUCUCAUUUCCACUUCAUUCUGCUUCAUGUACAGACCCAACCUAAGAGGAUGGUCUCCUGUUCUACACCAAAUGAAUUUGACCCAGAACACUCUCCCAUGGCUAUAUAUUGCAGAGAAAACCAGGAAACAAACAGACUCUUGUGUCCACCAUUCCCAAAUGCCUUAGUGACGAUGCUCUGAUAGGUUUCUGGUGGAUAUUAAAUCCCUGAGGAAACAUUUUUUGAAAACCGCUGUCUUAAAUGGGAUUUCAAUGUCCAUUGCAAUUCUUAUCUGAUCCAUCCUCAUGGUAACCCUGUGAGAUAGUUCAUUAUCUGCCCCAUUCUCUUGCCGAAGAAGUCAAGGACGGGCCUGGAUCUGAGCCACAGUUUCUCAUGCUUUCUCUCAGCAACACUCUGUCAAUUAUGCUCUCUUUUCCAAGCUGUUCUCUACAUUUAUGCAAGCUCACAAUUGGUUCUGCAUGCAAAUUGGGAUUUACAUAAGAAGCAAAGCCCCUUUUACAUGUGUCGACACACAAAAUAUCAGACACAGACGUGCAUGCAGGUCAUUGAUUUUUUCACCUACCAUUCACUGCUAGAAAUGCUUUUUGGAAUACGUGGGCAUAGUUGCUUUGCUAUUUAAUUAAUUGGCAGUGUGUCUGCUUCUUUCCUUUCCUUUCUUUUUUUUUAAUAGGAAGUCUUUACGCCAGAAGCAAUGUUUGAGAUACUGGGAACAUAAGCAAUUAGCAAAUUAUGGUAUGUUUAAAUGAAAAUAGUUUCCUGGCCUAGUACAAUGAAGAAGGCUUGCAGCCAUGUUGUUUCUUCAUUAAACAAAAUGACAAGGUAGCAAUAAGUAUCUCCUAUAGUAUAGACAAAAUUAAUGACACAGCAAUCAUAUGAUAAAUCAUCACAGUUGGUGUGUUCUGCAGCAGAAAAACACAGUUUUGUGUUCCCAUCACACAACCACAUAUUGAAUUUCACAGCAGGUGUGAAGCAAAUCAAUGUCGGCAUUGACUACAAUUAGAGUGACUUUUCUUUUUUAAAGCAUUACUAAAAGGAAUCCUAAAAGAUUCCUUUUAUGAGUGUGGGGUUGGGGGGGAGAAAUACAUUCACUAUACAAUAUUUUUUAAAAAACUUUUUCAUUUCUCACCACUUUAUGGAAUAGGCAGUGCUCCUUGCUUAUUCUGGUAUUCUUAUUUAUUCAUUCAUUCCGGGGACACUUUUAUUAGGAAAAAAUGUGGAGUAGUUGCUCCAGGCAGCAGAUUCCAAAAGGGACGCAAUUUUCCUGCCCCAACCUCUCCCAUUUUAAAAAUGAGCAGAAGCCUGGGGACGAUUUUAUUUUAGCUUUUCACUUCUGGUAUUAUUGUUGUUGUUAUUGCAGGCAACUCCUCAUUUGCAAGGGGGUGGCCUUCCUGGCCCCCACACAUCAACAGAACAUGCAUAAACCUACCCCACCCCAUUACGCCCCCAACCACUUCCAUAAACCCCAGCCCCAUUCUGCCCCAUUUUCCGGUUACUUCAGGGUCUGUGGUGAUGAGCGUGUCUGUGGUCGUCAAUCGGAUGCACGUAAAAUGGUCUCUGCUUGUAUUAGUAAUAGUAAAAAAAAGAUAAAGGACCCUUGGAUGGUUAAGUACAGUCAAAGGCGACUAUGUGCUAACCUUUUUCUGCCCCUCCCUCUCUGUCCAAGAGCAGUGAUUCUGGCGUGGUGCUUAGAUUUCCAUCCUCCACUAUGUGCAAGUUUGGUAUUAAUCAGUGCUCGUAAGAUUAACUUUCCUUUAUAUUUGUUAACUGUGAUUAUUCUGAGGGAGACAGCAUGCCCAAUCGAUCAUUAGUCAUUUUUAGGAUACUGUUCUGCCGGACUCUUUCUCCCUGUGUGAAUUUUUAUGUCCAUUAAAACAUGUCUAUAUGUAACUUUAUUGUUUCUGACACCUAAAUGUGUAGAAUUUAUUCUUAUGAGCUGGAAGCGGUCGUUCAGCUCUGACAUUUUAAGUAUGACAAUAAUCCAAGUAAUUGUCACUCAUUCACUUAACUGGAGACAUGUUUACUUCCUGAGAGAACUAAUUAGAGUACAGUGUUACUAUCUUUUAAUUGCAAAAAGUGUUUGCUUUUGUUUUCAGUUUUGCAUUAUGCCACUGUUCUUCACAGCUCACGAACCUUAAAGAAUCUUUUCGUAAAUGACACUCUACUGCCACCUUCUUUGUCCCUAGAACUCUUUGAUAUCUGGUGGAAUCUCAGUAUUCAAACAUCGUUCAUCCAAUUAGCUGAGCUUCCUCUGUUUGCCAGCUAGUCUGAGAUGUUUGAAAAAUUCAGUCUUUCCGAAUUCUUAUAUGAAAUGACCUCAUCUGCACUGCUUGCAUUAAACUGUGGAUCAGAACUUCAACAUCCACUGGAUGUCACACUUCUCCAAAUGUUGUGAUGCAAUUGUUGUCAGUUUAAAUAUAUCAAAAUAUGCAUUUAAGUAAAAAUGAUGAGAGAAAAACACACAUUUAGAUGAUAUUGUGGGAGAAAACAAAUAUAAAUACAUAUUUUUGAGGAUUUUUUAAAAAUAUAAAAUGGCUGAAUAAUGAAGACCAGAAUUUUGAGUAAAAGGAUGCAAAAAGUGAUAUUGACUAGAAAUAGGUACACAGUAUCCACUCAUCCCAGAUCUAGUCUCACUGCAACAUCACUCUGUGGAAGCAGUAUCAUAGCUCUCCUAGACAGUAUCCAAUGUAUACUUACUCAGUAAAUCCCAUUAAACUUUUCUAAGUAAAUAGCACAGGCUGCUGAAAUUCCUGAUGUUUGAUACAUUGCUCACACCCAAUGCAGGUUUUUGGGGUUUGUUUUUUUCUGUUGGUCUUAAUAUGUUUUAGUGAUGUGCCACUCAAAUUAUUAUUUUUUUGCAUCCUGAAACAGAGUCUUUCAUAAAUCAUUCAAUGGGACUAUGACUAUUAGAGUCCAGAACUGUAGAAAUAAUGACACUUUGUUUAUUACCACAUUUUUUGGUUCCAUCCUUCUUUCAAGGGAACAGUAGUGUUUAAGUCCUAAAUGACUUAGGCCCCAAAUACCUGAAAUACUUCCUUACUUUCAGACCCCCUUGCGUAUUAAGAUAGGCAGAGGGGCUCUGUUGGUAGUUCCUACAAACUCAGAAGCUUGGUGUGUGUGUGUGUGUGUGUGUGUGUGUGUGUGUGUGUUCAAUCCAGGGCUAGGUGUAGAUGAGGUGGGCCCCUGCCAGGAGCACAGGCAAGGGGGGGGGCACAAAAUUGGCUAAGAAUAUGUCUAUAAAUAAAAAUAUCAAGUGAAGUGCAUGAGGAAUUGAAUGGGUGGAGGGGGGUUGGAGGAGAGGCAGAAAGAGCUCAUUUGUUCAUGGUUAGGGGGUGCAAUCUGGACGGUUCUGCCAGGGGUGCAAGAUCACCUAGAGACAGCUACAGCUCUGAUGCAAUCUGGAAGAGUGGCAGCCUGUAAAUUGUGGAACACCCUCCCUACAGAGGUGUGUCUGGCAUCUUCAUCACACAGUUUUCAGCAAAUACAGAAGGCACAGCUCUUUACCCUGGCUUUUGACACUUUUAAGAUUUACACUUUUAGGUCCCACCUUAUAUCAGUGAUUGUACGUUGUUCUAAAUUGUUUUAACAUUGUGUUUUAAUUGUUGUCACAAUUAACCUGGGACCUUAGGUUGAAGGUAAAUAAGAAUCAUGGUAAUACCCUGGAUUUUCCCCAAAACUGCUGUGUGGUCGAGCUAGUGAGAGGCCCAAAGUUAUCCAAUGAGCUUUGUAGUUGAGGAGGGAUUUGAAACCGAGUCUCUACAGAUCCAGUUCAAUUCUCUGUCCACUGCAUGGAACUGGUUGCUGGAAGCUGUUGAAUCUGCCCCUUGCAGGAACCUCUUGACAAUACAUGCUCCUUGAAAGCAUUUCAUGAGAAUGCAAACACACUCCUGAAAUGCAAGAUUAAUAUCUCGUAAUCAGGCUCGGUUCUCCAACCUCAAGGAAGGUAUUUUCCCAAACAAACUAUGAGAGCAGCCGGCAUUUAUUUCACUGAAACUUGUGUGGGUGUACUGCUUGAAGAGAUGGGCUGCUGGAGUGAUUAUUUUUACAGCCCUCUAACUCACUCUACACUUCCUCCCUACUAUUAAGAGGUCAGCAAUUUGGAGACAAUAUGAAAAGCACAUGAAAAGAUUCCAGGAAGCAUAAAUGGGUUUGCUUCAGUUUCUGUGGAACAAGCCCUUUAAAAUAAAAAAAAGAGCACGAGUAACUCGAUUAAAGGCAAUUGGCACAUCAAAGCAUGGAAGAUACAGUGAAUACACUAUUAAACAUCAUGAAUUAAGUUUUCUUUGUAUCAUUAUGCAUAUCUAAGCUGCUUGGCUCUAGCUAAUUCAAUAAGGAGUCAAAUGUCCUGAUUUCGUUUCAAAAGCGGCCAGCGAACCAUCGCUAGGAUAGAUCCUAAUGCACUAACAGGGCAAUGCAAUCCUAUGCAUGUUUAUUCAGACGUAAAGCCCACAGUGAUUAAUGGGCUUUACCACCUAGUAAGUUUGUUUAGGACUAGAGUAUUACUGAUUUUUAAUAUAUAACUUUAAAGAGGAGGAAAUAGGAGUGCUGGCUUCCCGUACCUGGCACCCUCCAAGAUGUUACUGGAUUGUGGCUCCAUCUGCCCUCCUGACCAUUAGCCAUGCGGUCUAGACCUGAUGGCAACUGGAGUUGCGGAUGGAGGAAGCAGUCAGUUUCUCUCAGUUUCUCAUUUUUUCCAGAUUUAAGUUCAAUCCUCUACAUUUGCAGAUCAGUUUGCGGAUCAUUUUAAAGAAGGUCUCAUGAAAAUGAAUUAGCAUUUUACUGCGAAUUUCUCCUAAGAUGCACGUUUACCCCUAAUAUAAUGCAUUUCAUGUUCAUGAAUAUAUGCGUAUUUAUGCAUACUUUCCCUUAGUAUAACCUUUAUUUGGUGCACAUUACUGACUGGAGAACUGCAUUACAAAAUAUUUUUUUUUAAAUAAUAUUUUAAAUUCAAUUUUCAAAUUUUACCAAUUCUUUAGAAAUACAAUCCGAACAAAUCUCUCAUAUCUGUUGACCCUUCCAAGGUGCUCUUUUAUUCCCUUAUAAAGCUGCUAUGUUACUUACAUUUUAUCCAUUACAGUUGUACCUUGGUUCCCAAAUGACUUGGUACUCAAACAACUUGGAACCCAAACACGGCAAACCCAGAAGUAAGUGUUCCGGUUUGCGAACUUUCUUCGGAAGCCAAACGUGUUUUGAGUGUUAUGCUGAGGUCUGUCUGUUUUUGCUAUGUGUUUUGCGGUUUUGUUUUUGCAGCUCUUUUCAUUUUGUUUUUGUGACUAUGUAACCCAGUUCAGUCACUGAUUGACUGACUGAUUGUGUGAAUGAUUAAAUUGAUUGAUUGUGUGAAUGCAGUACCUUGUUUAUUGCUUUCAUUUUAUGGAUCUCAUUAGAUAGUAAAAUUCAUGUUAUAUUGCUGAUUUAGGGGCUGUUUUUAAAAGUCUGGAACAGAUUAAUCCAUUUUGCAUUCCUUUCUAUGGGAAAGCGCGCCUUGGUUUUGGAACGCUUUGGUUUUGAAACGGACUUCCGGAACGGAUUAAGUUUGAGAACCAAGGUACCACUGUAUAGACAUUAAUUCUAAAUUAUUAAACUAUAAAUUAUCAUUUCUUGCUAUACUUCAAAUCCUGCAUACGUUUUAACAUAACCAUGAUAUUUUUUUCUUUUUUCUUUUUAUAAGAUAUUUAUUAAGGUUUUUUUGAAAUAUUACAGUAAAAAUGAAAAAGAAAAGAGAAAAAUACAAAAGAAAAACAGUUAAGAACACACAUAUUUUCUAUUACUUAUUUUCCUUUAGCUUGUUUCCCGGACCUCCUCGUACCUCCCUUUUUUGUAUUCCACUUCAAUUUAUUGGUUCAGCAAAUCCUUAACAUUAGAUUUUAACCCAUUUAUAACCCUUUUUUCAUAUUCUCUUAGAGCAUUACAGCUAGAAACCGCUUAAUUACUAUCCAACAUCAUUCUAUCAUUCAUUAAUUUUACAAUAUUUCUGUAAAUAGUCUUUAAAUUUCUUCCAAUCUUCUUCCACCGACUCUUCUCCCUGGUCUCGGAUUCUGCCAGUCAUUUAUGCCAAUUCCAUAUAGUCCAUCACCUUCAUCUGCCAUUCUUCCAAAGUGGGUAGAUCUUGUGUCUUCCAGUACUUUGCAAUGAACCAUGAUUUCCCCCCCCCCAAUUAUUCCACAAAAUAUUUCCAUUCUUCAAGAAUUUUUUUCUCAUUUUGUUCUCUAAUUUUCACAGUUAGUCCAGUUAUCUCAGCAUACACCAUCGUGCAUUACAAAAUUCAAAGAAGUGCCAAUUUCAAGCGGGAGCUGUGCUUUCGUUUGAGUAUUGUUUCAAAAGGCACAAAUUUAGGCAGUUUCAGCUUUAAAUGCAAACUGAAUUGCAUCUCUCUGCCCAUUUCUAGUUAGGAGUCCAAAGGCAUCUGCAGAGCAGGAGGUUGGGAAAGGCUCCAUCGGUGUAUCAUAAUUCAUAGGAUUCAUUCAACAGUUCUUGCCUUAUUUUCCUGCAAUGAUUGUUCUUAGGGCAAUCUGAGCCUAUUCUUUCCAGGUCCCUCCACUUUCCUUCUUUGCGCUGGGAAAUUUGGUGUCGCAUUUGACCUCCAAUAAAUGCCACGAGGAACUCUUGACAUGUGCAGUGGUACAUUUCAUGACCCCCACAUACAGAAGGAUGUAUAAAUCACCAAGGGAGUGUCCCCCCUCUUUCCUCUGUAUUUCUUCUUCCACUUCAAGAAUGUGCUGAAUCAAAAGCCCUGCAAGGAAAGAAAAAGUGUUCUAUAGCUUUGCUGAAUGAAAAUGGAAUGUAUAUUGACAGCAAAAUAAAAAUAAAAUAUGGUGCCCUUCCUUUUUUUAAAAAAAGGAAUGCAUUUUAGAAAGAAAGAAAAAAGGCUCUGGGAACCAAGUCUGAAGGGCAAGGGCAAAAAGUUUUUGUAAGCUCCUUAGAAUCACAUUCAUAGCUGAGUUUCCCUUUCAUUAUUUUCUUUUUGAAAGAAAUAUUUCAAAAAACAAAUAAACUCAAAAACUUCCUCUUUUAUAGGAAAUUAUAGCCCAGUUUGCAUGAUGGUGUCUUAACAAAUAGAUAUAAGAAAUAUCAACUCCAAUAUUAAUAAUAUUACUUAAUUUGUACUAUUUUAGAGUGUCAUCUACAUGGUCACAUGUAGAUGAUUAAUACAAGACUGCUGUAUACCAUAACCAUAAAAUAUUUCCAUGAAAUAAUGAACAGAUUGAUAUCUCUUGCAUUUGCCACUGCUACAAUAUGAUAACAUUUCCAGAAGAUACAAGAGAAUGUUCCCAUAAUCUGCCUAUGUGCUUCCAGGCCAAAUUCAAGGAGUUGAUGUUUGAAGUCAAAUCCAGUUGAGUUCAACAAACUAGCACUUAAUGUGAUUAUAGACUAGACUGUAGGGGACUUGCUCUUUGCCACACACCAAUCAGAACUCGGCUUCAGGAAAUCAUUUCAGGUAAAGAGGUGAUUGCAUCUAAUGCCAGAUGUCCUGUCUGGGCAGGAAGAUCUGAAUUGAAUAAAUGUUUUCCUAGAUUGGUCAUUGAUGCCAAGGUCAUAUAAAUGCAGUUAGAGGCACUAAAAUGGAAAUGGGGAAUUUUUGAACUACAUUUCCCAUCAUCCCUGACCAGCCAAAGGUGAUGAUUGGGAUUAGAAUUCAGCAACAUCUGGAAGGCAAAUGAUUCUAUAUAUCUUUCGAAGGGAGAAUACAAUAAGUGGGAUCUGCAACAAACUAUUGCAGUUAGGGGUGGGGGAGAGAUUUGAUUCAGUUCACAUUUAAGGUCAAAUUUAUGAAAGCCACACUUUCCAGCCCAAAAACACAGCCAUCCUUUGAAAUUAUCUUAAUUUUGUGAUGCAGUUCCCCAACGAACCAGUGUUUACAAAAAUUCACAUUCUAGCUAAAAUGAACAUAUUAAUGAAAACAGCAUACCCAAAUGUGUUAUGUCGGGAGCAAUUGCUUGCAAAAAUACAUACAAUAGCCGAAACACAAAAAUGCAUUUAUUAGGGGAAAUUUGCACUGAAACACUGAUGAAUUUUCAUGGGGGGGGUUUAAGAAUAAAAUUUGCAAAUUGCUGUGGAAAUGUGGAGAAUCGAAUUUAAGACUGAAAAAAUGAGAAACUGGUAGAACCAAAAUGGGCAGAUCCUUUCAUCCCUCAGCCACCUGAAUUCGCUAAUGAAACAAGCAGGAACUGCAAUCAAAUGUUGCAUUCUGGAGUACUAGGGGUCAGGAUUCCAGCCACUCCUUUCUGUCCUCCCUGCGCUGAAUUUUCUGUUUUUUUCCACCAUUACAUGGCCAUUGUGUAUAUUCAGUUCAGAGUCAGCUGUUUAGGAGGGACCCCCAAUAGAUUUCCCCAAAUCCUUUUUGUUCUUCUGCAAAUCGUGGGCUUCCUCCAAGGGCACUGAUACCUCCCUCUUGUGUACUGAGGUGGCAUUCUGGCUACAUGAUCGAAAAGGUCUCAUAGUCUGAGAACUGGAAACAGAGGAAAUGGUGAUGCUAUUCGUUUCUAAACUACCGGGGUAAUAUUGUAUUGAAGCACAGGACAAAGUUCUGGGCUUUGAGGCUUUGUUUGUAAGGAAGCAACUCCCCAAGAGCAGUCAAGCAAGCUUGUGCAUUGUCUGAAUACCAUAAAUACAGCCAGUAUCUAUUGUGUCAUAUCACAAGCAAACAAAAAGAACACUGCAUAAAGGCUUACACAGUUUCCUCCCUCUUCGCCUUUAAUGCAGGAGACCUGAUUUCUGUAAACAACCCCCUAAAGGUACUCUCUACCAAUCACAACCCACUGCAAAAUAGAUAAGGUUCUCAUUAUGUAUCCACCAUGUCUUGAUCGUAAUUUCUAUCAUGGGUGACAUUCUGGUCCAGUUCUAUCAGGUACAUUCUGUGUGAGUCCUUUAGAAUACUGUGAUAAAACCCUGCUGAAUAUAGGAUCAUUUUGCCUUAGGGAAAGAGAGAGAGAGAGAGAUUGUGUGUCAAAGUGCGCACAGUUCAAGGUGGAUUUCUCAUCAGAUUUUGCAGUGCUGGGACAUGUUAAAAAGAUUUUUUUAAAAAAAAUCAGAGUGGUUCAAAAGGAAUUAAAUCUAGUUUUCAAUGGCUGGAUUUUCUUCAGAGCCAUCAGCCCAAAUUACACUCUGAAAGAGUUGACUAACUACAAUAGCUCACUAUAAAAUGGAGAAGAAAAACUUAACGCUGGCAUUCCAUGAUGCAUUUUAGAGUAGUGAAAUUUUUCCAAGCCCAUUUAUCUUACCAAUUGAACUUUCCCCGCUAAAGAGAUACAUUGAAAAGAGUUUUAAGAAUAGCAAAAUCUGUCAUUAUUCAAUUGAUUCUUAAUAACAUUUGUAUCUCCUCUGAUAGAGGCUCCCUCUUUACUUAUUGAAUACUUCUUAAUAAAAUAGCACUAUUGUCUCCAUUUUGAGAGACACGUCACAAGAAACAUGGAUAAGAUUUGCAUUUAAAAGCUUGCACAAUUUGCUCAAAUAAAUUAUUCCCCCUGAAGAUUUGUUUCUCCCACCUACCAACAGCAAAAUACUAUGUUGAGCAUGGGUGAAACCAGUGUUAAUGUAUCUGACAAUGGUUAGAGUUCAAUACAAAUAGAACAUAGCGCCGUGGACUCUAGGUUCUUUGACAUUUCUCCAGUAUUAGAACACCACAUUAUUUAAAUGUACUUGGAAAUGUGCCUGGUUUUGAUUUCAAGGCUGCUAAUUAGGCAGAACCAAACUCAUUGAGUAUUCUGUUCCAAUAUUUAAUUGCAUUCACUAUUUUUAUUUUAUUUUACAAACUUUACAAUCUAAACUUUACGCUUAAAAAUGAGAGCUGCUGUAGCAUAGUGGCCUGGAAAGUGAGCUAAGAAAUGCCAGUUCAAAUCUUUUAUCAGCCACCAACUCAUGGGGUGACUUGAAGCAAGUCAGUUUCUCAGCCUUAGCCCCUCAGUUGCAACAGAGUAUUGACAAUUGUGACCUAUCUGAUAAGGUUGUUGCGAGAAUUUAUCUGAGAUAAUAUUUAUCUGUUUGCUUGUUUUAUUAUCCGUUAAAGGAAUAUAUAUGCUGCCUUUCAUUUCAAGAAGAAAUACCACAAACACAUAAAAGCAAACAGCAAAAUAGCAAGUAAAACUGAAUUAGGGGCUGCCACACAAACUGCAGCAUGAUGGCAUCCUUACAGUUUUAUUAUAUAGUAAGCUAUAUUAAAAAUGCUGUGGAAAUAUAUGCAGUCUCCAGAGUUGGAAGCAAUCUUUCAACAGCCGUCUCUUAAGUUCCAGAUAGGAUAGCAGAGAGAUAAUUCUUUAGUAGGUGAGCAGCCUGCUGCAUAUCCACAAUUCAGGAGAACUUAUUGAAGAACCUAGGCAGAAACUACCAAAAAGAACAUAGGAGGCAGGGGAUAAGAUUACUCUACACAAGCAAUGUGGCUAUAUUACAGUAGAAAGGGGAAUGUCGACAGUAGCGAGACUUGCUAACUUCAGUGGGUUCUUCUGCCUUUGUUGUCACGUAAAUAAAAUAAGUAUUUUAUUUAUUUGGUUAAAUUUUUAAAAACAUUUAUUCAAAAGUUACAAUACAGCAUUCUCAAUGAAUAUAUCGCCACAUAUGCAUUUUUAAAAAUGGUUUCUUUUUCCAUCUCUGGAAGUUAACAAAGGUGACCAGAAUUCUGGCUAUCAUGGCCUAGCUAGCUAUCCCAGUGAUGUUUUCUUCACAGAAUUGCUCUACUUUUGCUGUAAAGUUCCAACUAAUAGUGAGGGGAUCUUUCAUAACAAGCAAUUCCAGAGUCUCUUCCCCGGUGCCCUGCAAGCAAAGAUGUGCUUUUCCUUCACGUUGCAGCUGGUGUUUGAGUGAAUAAUCAUUUCAGGAUUUCAAACAGUAUUUAGUCUGGAGGAAGAUGGAAAUUCCCCCCCUCUAGAUAAAGCAAAUGUCCUUGGGGAGAUAGUCUGUGUCAAGGUAGGGAAGGUACAACAUACCAUAUUCAAGGGAUUCUCAGAGCAGAAGCAAGUCUGCUUAUUGUUGUUCUUUCCCCUUCUUUUCUACAGAAUGUUUCGCCGUAAUUUUUUUAAAAAAUGAAAAUGGGGAAAUUCUGUAGAUGGUUUACCCCCCUAGGAUAUUUCAUUUUGUGUGUGUCUGGUUGCCUUAAAUUGGAAAUGUGUUUAUUGCUUUGUUGCAUCUACAAGCCUCUUUCCUAGUACUCGGUACUACUUUAAUUCCCUAAAUAAUAUGUUUACCAUUAGAGGUGUUUCCUGAUCAAGGUCAAAACCAUCUGGCCACUUAAGUGUGUUGCACCCAACCUUCUUGCAUCCAAUAUCUGGUGGACUCAGUCUUAAAGAAAAUUCAAAGAAACAAAAAAGGAGAGAAUUUUAAAUGGAUUCUAUAGCUGGUGAGUUUUUGUGCUGUGUGCGUGCACACACAUACGCACAUUGAUACAUGGUUCACUGCAUCCUACAGCAUUCAAACAUGGGUGCAAAUGUUUCAGUCUGCCAUCUUUAUUCAAAAUGACACUCAACACCAAAACAUCAAAGAAGACAGUCACCUUCACCUCAUGCUGAGUCGGGUGGCAAUAUUUCAAGAGGCGUUCAGGUUGGUGCAGUUGCGACUCAUCACACCAAAUUCGGCAACGGUGUCUUCAGGGCCAUCCACAUUGGAGCAGGCUGGCCCCAUGAUGCCAAAUUUAGUGAAGGCCUUCCAGAUGGUGUAACAAUAUCUUCAGUGGCUUCCAGAUCAGAACACGUUGGACCUGGUGUGCCAAAAGUCAUGCCAAAGUCACAUUUUGGUCUGCCAUCUUUAUUCAAAAUGGCACCCAUGAUUCAAACACUCCCACCGCAGAAACCCUUGUGCUAAUUUUGGCAACAAUAUCUCAAGAGGCAGCUGAAUCUAUCAAAAAUGGAAAAAGCACUUUCUGAAAUAUAUAGUAGAAGGUUUUCUCCAAAGUUGGUAGGGAAAUAUAUUUUUAUUUAGACAGGCCUUCAGAUCAGACCAUAAGCUGAUUUGAAAACGUGUUGCAAUUGGUUUCUACUGCCUGUUUUAUUGUUUUCAAUUAUGCUUUACCUGACUUGUUUUUAUUAUUUUUUUACUUGCAUUUUUAUUGCUUUUUGAGGGAACUCCCUGGGAGGGUAUGCUGACGGACUGCUGGGUGCUGAAAACUGCCCUUUCCACCUGUACAGGCCUGCCUGCUAAGACAGAAAAUCACUUGUUCUCUAGGGAAGGGAAAGAAAAUUGGUUCAGUUUGCAUUUUAAUGAGAACCUACCUAAUUUGCACUUCCGCCCAAAAAUUCAUGAACAAUGGCUUUUAAUUCAGUCUAUGACUGAUUUCAUCACUGUUCUAUGAAAAUCAAGAGAGUUGUCAGCCAUCACUAUUAUCUCAUGUAUGUUUCAUGGACAUCAAUAAACUUCUAGCUUCUCCAGUCUUUCAUUUUAGAAAAGGUGGGUAAAGAAGAGCUAGCAUCAUAUGCCUGCCAUUGCACCUUGGAGAUGUUUCAGCUACAAAAAAUAAAUAAAAAAUCUCCAUUUUAGGUCCACAGGUGCAAGCAUCCCUCCCCCACCAUGUUCUCAGUUGUUCCUGUAUAAUUCUACUUUAAGAUAAUUGAGUUGUCCAAGUGUAACUGAGGGCAGAAUUUCUCCUUCAGGAUCUUUAACAGAGUUGAUGAAAUAUGAGCUAGAAAUAACACAGCUUGAGUUUUAGAUUCCAUGCUGAGUUUACAUGCCUAGCAUUUAGGGCGGGGUGGGGGGGAGAUAUAUACUCAUAAAUUGAGAAAAUGCACUCUGGAACUCAUUGGGAUUCGGUAUAUAUUGUGCUCCGUGAUAUCAGUUUUACAGGCAAUGUCCCCCUCCCCAGUCCAUUUGCACUUGAAGCAUUAUUUGGUGGCUUGACUCUUCUGUUUUUCAGCUCAGCUUGAUUUGCAUUCUAACAGGGCAUCUUUAGUGUCAGAUCCUUCAGCAUUCUUCAAGUCAACAGAUGUAAGCCUUUUUAAGAAAUUGGGCAUAGUCCAUGUCAUAGCAGUCUCUAGGUCAUAAUCAGCAAUCUGCCUUGGGCAACUAAGGAAUCAUGCAUUCCUGAUACCCAGCAGCAGUUCAGGAGUCUAACCACAGUGCUCUGGAUCAAAUGCAGUUUCCCAACACUUCUCAAAGACAAUUCCAUACACAAUACAUUACAGCAAAGAGGGACGUGGGUGGUGCUGUGGUCUAAACCACUGAGCCUCUUGGGCUUGCCGAUCGGAAGGUUGGUGGUUCAAAUCCCUGCAACGGAGUGAGCUCCCAUUGCUCUGUCCCAGCUCCUGCCAACCUAGCAGUUCGAAAGCACGUCAAAGUGCAAGUAGAUAAAUAGGUACCACUGUGGCAGGAAGGUAAACGGCGUUUCCAUGAGCUCUGGCUUUCAUCACAUUGUUCUGUUGCACCAGAAGCGGUUUAGUCAUGCUGGCCACAUGACCCAGAAAGCUGUCUGCGGACAAACACCAGCUCCCUCGGCCUGAAAGUGAGAUGAGCGUAGCAACCCCAUAGUCACCUUUGACGAGACUUACCCAUCCAGGUAUCCUUCACCUUUACCUUUUACAUGCAACUAAGGCAUGCUGUGGCAGAUAUGACAUAUCAAGGGAUGGACAAAGUACCCACAGCAGCCUAAGCCAUGCAAAGGCACCCCAGCCACAAUGGCCACCUACACCUAUACCUGUUACCACCUUGCUUCAUCCAGGUAAACAGCAGUGACCCCAUUAUGAAGAGGAUGAGUCUGGGCUACUUCUAUGUGCAUUUAGAGGUCUCCUCUCCCUGCAUCUGGUGCUUCCCUUUAACUCACCCACCUCCUUCCUCUAACAUCUGACAGCUGCUGUUCUCUGGCCCAUCCAGUGGUGGUGCAGGAUCAGUUCCUCUCCUGACCAGCCAGCAUGCACUGGUGAUGCUCUCUCAGGUCAGCCAUAGCUCGGCUACUUGAUGGGAGCGGUGCUCAUUUUCCAAGCUUGCGUUGGCAGUAUUCACCCCUGUGAUACGUGAGAAGCCCUCUGUUACAAAGUCAGAAGGGACAGAGCACACCAUUGUUCCUUCUUUUUAGAGGGAAAGAUUUGUGCAUGUCAAGAAAUUGGGUUAAAUAAAUAGGGAUCAGUGUGCAGAAAGCACUGGUUAUUGCGUGUCUUCAUAGGAUACUUUUAAAAACAGUAACAGCAGCAGCAGCAGCAAUCCCCGCAUGCUUCAAUAGCAAGACCUUUAGGCUUUUUGAAUGUUCAAAGUACAGCACCAAUAUAAAAAUAAUGCUACAAGUGUGUUGACAUCCUCCUUGGCAGCCUGAGCUGCUUAGUCAUUUUAAUCAAUGGAGAUAUGCACAACAGUUAGAAGUUUCCAAAGGUCAAAGAAGCGACUGUCUUUUCAGCUUUGAAUCAGCAAAGAUUUUCCAGUUUCUUGCAGACAUAAUGCCAAGCUUGCAUCUGUGCGCCUGCCUUUUUUCUUUGCUUUGAAGAAGCAGAGUAAUUAACUAAAGGGCAGAUCACACCACAUUGAGCAGUAAAUGAUUGCACAGUGCAACUUCCUUUCUGCUUUCUCUCUCCUAUGACAGCCAGUUUCAGAGCAGCUCUCAGGCUGGUUUAUAUAUAAAAAUGGGCCAAUGAGCAUCAUAGAACCAUUAAACACUUAACUCAUUGAUUGUGAAACAAAAAUCUAUACAAUAGCGCUGGCACAAUUAUUCCCUUCUGAAAUGGGCCUUGUUGCUAAUACAGAGAACAAAUAAGCUAUGUAAUUAAAGAGAUCCUGAACUCUUCCAAAAGGUUUUUUUUUGUAUGUGUGCUUUUGCAUCAUUAUCAGCAUUAAUUAAUUUGUUUCGGGGUUUUAAAACUGUGGUGGCUUAAUUUUUAACCAACGGCAAAUUUUGUUGUGAGAGUGCCACUUAAAACCUUUAAAAGAUCAAACAACAGCUGACUAGCCAAAGCUUCCCAAUGUUAUCUCUCGUUUUAUGAUGAACAAUCUUCUAUCGACUGCUUUUUAUAAGUGCCCUUUUAUAACUGGCUUGCAUUGGUGAAAUCCUCAUUCAUUUAUUUUAUUACUACCAUUAAUUAUAAUUUUGAAUGUUAGUUUUGUAGGCAUGAAGCUCUAUAUGCAUUGAUGGGGCCUCCAGCUCCCCUCUUCAACAGCAAGCAGCAUGGCUCUCCUGAUCUCCCUCCAUCUGCAUUGCUGCUGCACACCACGAAAGAACAAGCUGUAUGGGCAAAGUGGCAAUGAGGUCAGCAUGAUGCAAGUGCAUCAACAGGAACACCAGAUUGGCUCUUUCAGCACACUUGCCCCAUGCAACCUUGCUGCCACCUCUCCUUCUCCUUCUCUGUCCCAGUCUACAGCAGCAUUGCAGUCAGAUGGAGGUCAGGUGAGCAGCAUAGCCUCAUCAUACCAGUUCCUCUUCCUCUUGAUGGUUUCCUUCUGUCCUUCUGCAUACUGCUAAGUGUCACACAAUGCAUUUUCAGGCCUUGAUGGUUUGGUUAUCCUUGGCAGCCACCUUUGUCAGUCGCCUAAGAACAGGCAAAGGGCAUCUCAGAUGUAGAGUUUACCUUCCAUGUAGGCGAGACCCUUGACACCUCUCUUUCUGUAAUUAGCAAUUCCUUGUUCUGUUCUGUGCCCUAAAUACAAUUGAACAGACUACUUCAAAUACAAAGCAGUGUUGGGUUGUCAAAUAGGCAGAGUUGGCACUGGCCUAUGGGCCCCAUGCCAUGUAGGGGCUCCACAACAACAGAUCAAAAUAAUAAUGAUUUGAUACUGAAAGAAAAUUACAAUUAAGCUUUCUUAGUUCAAUGUUAUCUCACUAGAGUGCGUGCACAAGCCCACCUCACCCACUUCCAAGAUUUCGACUGCCUAGGGACCUCCACAGGGUUUAAUCCAGCACUCAGCACUGAUACAAAGUAUAUAAGGCAUUGACAAACAAUGUGCACAUUCAUAUUUAUGGUAAGAGUCCAUUGUGUUUGACUAUGUUCAUUGCAUUGUCUUUCCUAUCUCUGCCAUUGCAGCUGCCAUCCUGCGGUUGAAACCAGAGUGUCCACAAGCAUCACAAAGCACCUCUACUUUGGUGUAUAUGCCAUCAUUUCUGAACUUGGAAGGGGACACUGGUAUUCCUGGGAUCUGUGGUCUAUUAUGCUGCUAGUAGUUUUGCUCUGGUUUGCCCGACUGUAUCUUCAUUAUUUCAGCCAGUGGGUCUUACUUCAUGCUAUUUCAGUUCCUGUCACAAAGUAAGUAUGGAAAUGAAGUUACGUUUUGGAAAACAUAGCACUAUGCUACAUAAUGUCACAAAAAAAGAAGCACAAUAAUGUUUGCAUCACCUUUGGGUCUAUAGACAACCAGCCAUUUACUUACUUACUUCUCAUUCAUUUGGUUAAUUGUGAAGAUUGGAAUGGUGGUGUGGACUAUCUGUGAAAGCUGACAGCAGAUAUAUCUUAUAGGUAUCUCAUUCAGUCUCUGUCUUCUUCCCAUGCUACUGAAAGGAAGACUAGCCAAUAGGCAAAGAGCUUAAAACCAACCCCUUAUGGUCCGUUCUGAAACACACUUUCAGGCAGAAAAUCCUAUACUUGAUGUUUUGAUAUCUUUCACAGUUCUGGAUUUUUUCUCCCUUUGGUCAUGACUUUUGGUAAGUGUCAUGACCUUGGGGCCAGACUCUCCUAAUUAAGGGGAUGAGACCAGGUAUUUGGAAUGAGAAUGGGAAUUGCCCUCUGGUCCAGCCCUAGGUGUACAAGCAAAAGUACUAGUACCUCUCCAGCCUGAGGAAGUCCUCUGACUCCAGCUUAGAAGCGCUAGUGGAACCACAGUCUCCGCCACUAUGUCAGAAUCAAUGACUGCUAACGUAGCUGGGUCCCUUUAGUUCCUUUCAUGGAAGAUGAAUCUGGCUACUGAGAUAAAGCUGCAGCUCCUACUUAAAGUUCAGUUUGACUAUGACUGCUGCUGAAGCAGUAUUUCAACUCUGCAGCCCAAGACUUGCAUGGAGCUGUCCAGGGUUUCCACUGAAACCUUGCCUUGCAGGGUCACAACAUAUCACUGCUCAAAACAGAACAAUAGGACCACAGCUCCCAUCGAUCAGAAUGUCUUCAUGUCAAGGCUUGGGAGAUAAAUUUACUCACUCUGCUAAGAGAGGGGUAAAAGACAUGCCUUCUGAAAGAGCACUAGAUACCUACAUGGCCCCCACUGAUUUCCAGGACAUUUUUUCUGAGUGUGCCUUAAGAGGCAUGUGUGUGUGUUAAAAAACCCCCACCCAAAUUCUGUUCAGUUAUGAUUGCAUAACAAAUCCAGAGUUGUAUCGGUGUUCCUCCACCUAUAGGAGGUUCUUUGUUCCUGAGGAUGCAUGGAGUGAAAACACAGAGUUGUGAUUUCUGUAACAUUCCCAUUCUCCUGUGUCACUUUCAAUGUCAUUCUGAAGCUCCCCCAGCCCUCAUAAGCAGACAAGAGGCCUGCAGAGGGAGAAAUCACAUUCCCCUUCCACUCUGCUGGAUCAAAGCAACCUUUCAUCACUGGAGAGGCACAAUGAAAUACAUCUUUUGGCUGCUUUCUUAUUAAAAUGCACAACAUGAAUAAUUGUGUAAGUGAUGUAUACCCAUCAAGUAGGAUAACCUACCUGUCUCUCGAACCCUCUGCUCCCUCUUUUAUUUCUAGAUUCCAGUUCUAUCCUCAUACAGUGGAUUUGUGCUACCAGAACUCUUUGGUACGCACUAGUGAAGAGUUGGCCAUGAUUGUGGUGGGACCUUUGACCUUGAACACAGUGAUGCUUCUUAUGGUUCUGAUGAGAUGGGGCUGUCAGCUGUUGUUUGGCUCAUUCCCUUCUUACUUGUCAAAGCUGAUCAUUGCUUGGGGACUGUGGACAAUGCUAGACCCUUUGGCAGUGUUUGUAGUGGAUGCCUUCCUGGGGGUAAGUCACUUAAAAUAACUUUGAUAUGAGUCCUUGAUGUAAAAGUUUGUUUUCUUCAAUGACUCAUCAAAUGAUAUGAAAUUCCACCCCUGGCGACAGCAUACAAAAGUCGUCUUCUUUUCCCCCAAAAAAUAAAAAAUUAGAAAAUUUUAUGUUAUUAAUCACAGUUUUGAUGGUAAGACAUAUGAUCUCCCUUCUCCCCACUGCUCCCCAAUAAAUAAAACUAAAGCCAAAAACAUAGAUUUUAAAAAAACUUUAAAGUGAAAUGCUCCGAAGAUUGCAGCAACCUUAGAGAUGACGGCAAUAUCACAGGAAAGCUAAGGAAUAUUUUUAAAGAAAUGAACUAAAAAUAAUGUAGUAUAACUUCUGUCUCCCAACCCCCUCCCCCAAAGCAAUAGCUGCAUGGCAUAAAAUGUGUAGAAAAAAUGUGGGGGGUUUUGUUUUUAAUAAAAACUUUGACAGUUGUGAUGCCAAACCUUUGCUUUCAUUCAUGUCUACAACUUUUUCAGGCAUUAUAUUGGUACUGCCUUUUUGCAAGUGGGGAAGUAAGGUUCUAUGCACAAUGCCACUGGAUGGUUGUAUGGAGGGCCCGGUUGUGCUAUUUCUCCCCUCUCUUUUAAGGGAGAAGGAGCAUACAAGUGGGCACUAAUUGCAUGAGGCUGUGGGUGCAUCUGCUCCUUACCCUUGGUCUCUUACCUUUCCCGCUCCUACCUGACCACAGUGAUCCAUGCAGCGGUCACCUCCAGGCUUGACUACUGUAAUUCGCUCUACGCGUGGCUGCUCUUGAAGCUGUCCCAGAAACUCCAGCGGGUGCAGAAUGCUGCAGCGAGGCUCCUCACGGGGUCUUUGCCCUGUGAGCAUAUUCAUCCAGUGCUUUUCCAGCUGCACUGGCUCCCGGUGGAGUACAGGGUCAGAUUUAAGGUGCUGGUUUUGACCUUUAAAGCCCUUCACGGCCUAGGACCCUUGUACCUACGGGACCGCCUCUCCCGGUAUGCCCCAUGGAGACCCUCAAGGUCCAUCAAUAGCAACACCCUAGUGGUCCCGGGCCCUAAGGAAGUUAGAUUAGCUUCAACCAGAGCCAGGGUCUUUUCAACACUGGCUCCGGCCUGGUGGAACGCUCUGCCUCAUGAGACCAGGGCCCUGCAGGAUCUGAUUUCUUUCCGCAAGGCCUGUAAGACAGAGUUGUUCCACCUGGCCUUUGGCUUGGAGCCAAUUUGAUUCCCUCCCCCUCUUUCUUUUUUCUUUUUCCUUUCUCCUCCUGUGAUGAGGCUGCAUUUUAAUAUUUUAAUGUUUCAAUAUUUUAAUCUUGUUUUUAAGUUGUAUUCAUUCAACUUGUUUUUAUUAUUGCUUGUUAGCCGCCCUGAGCCCAGCCUUGGCUGGGGAGGGUGGGGUAUAAAUAAAAAUUAUUAUUAUUAUUAUUAUGCAAAAAGGAGGCGCUCCCAAGGCAAUCUGUGAACUGAAGCAAAAGUAGCCCUUUCCAAUGCUUUCAGGAGGAAGAGAAUUGGCGAGUGGAAUGGACUAAGCUUGGAUGGUUUUAGCCCUAAUUCACACAUUAUUCAUGUGCAAAGCACUCACAGUUUCAAGCUGCAUCAAGGCUGCUCUUUUCACAUGCACAACCAUUGUUGCCCUAGGCACUGGUGCCCUUUCGGGAUCGGUAUGGUGGGAGGCAAGGAGACCAACGGUAGGCGGAGGCAGCUAAUUCUAGUUUGGUGCCCAUCCUCCUCCCUGCUCAGUUUUAAAAGGGCAACCCUGAGACUAAGAAGGAGGAAGCUGACUUGUAGUCUCACCCCCUAGUCUAGUUUUAAGUAAGAAGGCAGGCAGGUGGAGGUUGGCUUCUUCUUUGGCACAUGAUUGGAACAUCUAACCAUGGCUAUUUUUGAAUAUUGGCUGGCACAAAGGAGUUUGCACGCACCAGCAGCUACUCAAAGGGCAGAACUAGCACAGUAGUUUGGGGUCAGGGGUGGGAUGUGAGCGCAGCCCUGCUCCAACUUGAAACUGGGUGUAUUCUGCAUGCAGGUAAUGUAUGAAUAGUGCUUUCAGGAUAGGCAAGGAAUCAGAAACAAAAAUUUGUUUUAACUUCUUUUUUUGGGGUGGUCAGAUUUCCCCCAGGACUCUCAGCUCAGCUUGCCAGUUCCCUCCCUCCACUAACUGCCUGAGGUCUGUGGUAGAGCCUUAGCAAUGUGCAUCUUAAACCAGGCUGUCAGGACAGAGCAGCAGCAUCCUAUACCCUGGGAAUCAGGUUUAGCUAGCAGAUUCUUGAACUGCUAAGACUUACACAUGUUGGUAACAAGCGCCAUCAAAAACCCCCAAAACAUUCUUUGCCAAAUUACUGGGGAAAUACUGGGCCACAUCUUUUCAAAUUGCUGUUGAUGUCAACAGGCCAGGUUUCGCCCUAUAGAUAUUGUAUUUGCUCGAACAUGCAUUAAACACUUAGCAGAACAUCAGAGCCCCUGCUUCUGGUUAAAGAAAAUGAUGAGAUGAAUUUGGAUAAAUUGCCAUCCUCUGCAGCAAGUUCAGGGAGAAACAGAUCUGAGCAUUGAAUGUCUGUGACCACUUCUAAUUUGACUUUGAUAAGAGAAGUUCUGAAAAAUACAUCGAGCUCUGCGCUGAAAGUUUCCAGUAUUUUCCACCAAAACUACCCGCACAAGGAACGCAUUUGACUGAAUGCCACGCAAAAGGGGCAUAUCCCAUUUCAGAAUGAAACCGAAUCCCUUACAUGUGUUUUCCAUAUUUGUACUUGCAAUUUUGCUUCCCGCCGUUGGCAUUUCUUCAGCUGCUAUUUCAGAUUUACUUGCCAAUCAAUUUAUUUUAGAUCAAGCAUUUUAAAAUGUUAUGUUGUGGUAAUGUGACAUGAGUUAUUUUAAUGAUCUAAUAUCUUUUUAAAAAAUUCUAAGUGGACUUAGCGCUUAUGAAAGUUGACAGAUUGAUAGCCCUGGAAAAUAAGGACCCAUGUUGACUCACUUUCAUUUUUUAAAAAUUAUUAUUAAAGGGGAAAGUACAGAUCACUUGACAGUGCACUUAAAAAACAAAACAAAGAAAAGCAAUGACAUGUGAUAAUAAACAGUAUGAAGCAGAAACUGCAAAUAUCUGAGGUUCUGUUUCCUCCAUAAAUAAUUAGGCGCCAAUGUGAUUAUAUAAUAUUGUUUGGCUUUAUUCUGUAUAUUCUGUUUUAUAGAUUAUGUUGGAAAGCAUUCUGGGACUGUUAUGUAAAAUCAAGGGUGGCCCAGAAAUAAUAAAAUAAAGAGAAUGAUUGGUUUUGAAAAUGCAGGCCCUCCAAACAGGGCCAAGGCAAAACUUGGCAGGUCAGGAAUACACCUAAGAUAGAAUCCAGUGAUUCAGAGGCUGAGCCUGACAGAAUCUGUACUGGCUUUUUAGGAGGAGUGGGGCAAAAGUUCUCAAAUCAAUACAGUGGUACCUCUGGAUGCAAACGGGAUCCGUUCCGGAGCCCUGUUCACUUCAUGAGCAGAACGCAACCCGCGUUUGCGCAUCUGCGCGUGCGUGGGUCAUGAUUCACCGUGUCUGUGCAUGCGCGUGACAUCAUUCUGAGCAUCAGUGCAUGCGCAAGCGGCAAAACCCGGAAGUAACCCAUUCCUUUACUUCCGGGUCACCGCGGGAUGCAACCUGAAAAGAUUCAACCUGAAGCAAAUAUAACAAGAGGUAUGACUGUAUUUGCAGUGGUUAAAGAGAGGGUGAAAUUGCUCCCCCCCCCAUUUUUGUAUGUUUGUAGUGUGAUUUGUGACACUCUCCCAGGAGUGUCUCUCCCCAGGUGGGUGGAGCUGCAGUAACAGCCUCCCAGCAAGGGUGUCACUGCUUCUUACAGGGAGGGGGAGGCGCAAGCUCAGGGUGCACUUCUGGAGCCAACUGUGUACUCCCGCCCGUGCACCUGGACACACCUGCAAGCCACUCCUGCAGUCACUGCAACUCCUUUGGCCUCCAUUUGGCUGGUAUUGACAUUUCCCCUCCUGAGUGCCAUGCAGCGAUGCUACAUCACAUCGGCGUGUCAUUCUGGGGGUAUUCAGGGACAGUGGAAUGGCACAUGCCAGCAAAACGAGGCUAAAAGACGGCUGGUGGGGGGUCACUGCCUGACCACACUGAAAAUCACUGAAAGGGCCCUUCUUUUCAUGUUCUGUAAAGUGGCCCACAGGGUUGAGAUGGGGUUGUUUUGGCCUUUGGGCCAUUGUAUUGGUUUUCAGACAGAAUAUAGUUUCUUUUCAAGUCAGACCAUUGAAACACUGAGUGGUCGAGCUCAUAGCAAUUGCACAACUUCUCAGUCCUAAAUAUGGACAACUCCUCCAGCAACAGGUGAGAGAAACCACCUACCACAGUGUUAUGUCGCUUUAGUGGUUGCUGUCAAACUUUAACUAUCCCUGUGAACCACCAUGCACAAUGAAGUAGAAAUGAUAACACCACCAUUACCAUUGGUUGGUUGAUUGAUUGAUUGAUUGAUUGAUUGAUUGAUUGACUGACCUUCUUACUAUGCUCUCUCUCUCUCUCUCUCUCUCUCUCUGUGUGUGUUUCUCAGCGUCUUCACUAUGCUCCAGGCAAACCCAUAGCUGACUGUGCGAAGAUGUACUGGCUUUUUUUAAGAAUAGAAGAAUCUGGCAUUCUGGGCAUAUUGAUUACCCUACUGCUUUACACAAUGCUGUUUCUCAUUUCGUCUACAUCCCUGUACCUGUAUUUAAUGAGGUAAGCUCUCCUUCCUUUUUCACUAUUCCAAAAUGUAAGAUUCUUCCCUCUGUACCCAAAUGGCCUGCCAUGAUUUCAUCAAACAAAAGGCCACAAGAUGCCGGAUUUGGUGUAGCAAAUGUACCGAGAGAGAGAGAGCUUCUUAAACUUGCUUAAGAUCAAAUUCAGGCCUAUAAACAGCUAUUUACCUGGAGUGAGUAAGAAUAACAACCGCAAUGUGCUUUUCCCUCCUGCCCCAUUUCAGGCUACUGAUGGCCUGGAGGAGGGCUGUGAAACAUGUUGUGGACUAAUACUUUUUGGGGACUAUCCAAACCCCAGCCAUCAGCCAGCUGGGGCAGAAGGUGGGGGCUAGGAUAAUUGCUGAACCAGCUUGGAACUGGGGUAGCAGUCAGGCCCACUGACAUCAUGCAAUGGUACGGGGACUAAUUCAAUAUCCAGUAGACCUCUACCCAAUUCCAGAAUGCCACAUUUCAUGAUCCUGCUAGCAGCACUUCCACCUGUCUGCAUAUUUAGUAGACAGAAGGGGAAACUCUGCACUAGCUCUUCCCAAUCCACCUCUCCUCCACCUUGGUGCAUGGGGGUGGGUUGGAUUUAUAGACUGCUGGACACAGAACUGGGUUGUACCUGCUAAGUCACAUUCAGAGUAGACUCACUGAAAUCAACUGACUAGUUGCAUCCACUGAUUUCAGGGGAUCUUCUCUGUGUAUGACUCAACUGGAUACAACCCUUUGUCCAUUUGUAUGCAUGAAAUGCAAACAGAGCCCAGGUAGCGAAUCAACCGUGAUCCAGUUGUAAACCAACGGGCAUAAUAUCAGUGCAAUUGAUGAGUAAGGCCUGUUCGCCAAAGCUUACGGCAAGUGAUUUGGUGCCUAGAUUUUGCUCAUAAAUAACAGUCCUAAGUUGUCUUUAGAAUGCUAAUCCACUCUAUUAGGUUCCCAUUGACCUGAACUUCCUUUUUUAAGGUGGGUGUGGAACUGUGCAUGGUUUAACAUUACAUGAAUGUUUCUCUCUCUUUCUCUUCAAUGAAAGUAGAAAUAGGAUGGGGAGAAUCAAGAGUGGAACCCUUGCACAGAUCAGCUCUGGUGGGGGAAAAAAUAAAGCUAAUGCUAAUAUCAACACAAAUGUGUGUUGUAGCUAAACAAUAUGGAUAUAUGUUUUUUCAGACUGGCAAAUUAGAUUGCUAGAGAUGGAUAGUUUGCACACAAGUAAAUCAUUUCUGUCUGUAUAUUAUCAGAAGCACCAUUGCAUCAAGCGGGGCGGGGGGAGGGAAUACGCAAUUUAAAACCCUACAAAGGGAAUUCAAAUCUUCUACAUUCCUGCAAGCUGUACACAAGUCCAAUGUACUGGUAGUCUAGUUAAUUAGUUUUUGAGAUGUUAAUGCCUUCUUAAUCAUUGACUUAAUAGUUUCGAAUGGCUUCAUAAGUUUUAGCUGCUGUCGUUUAUUACUCAGGAAAAUUAAUUUAAAUUAAAACAUUUGUAAGGCAGAUUUUUAUGAGAAUAUUAUGAACAUCUUCAUUGUCUGGGGAACAGGUGUGGGAUCAUCAAAGAUUCUUUCCCUUCUGGAUCAAUCUUUGCAUAAUGUUUUACAAUAAAGGGAAAAAGGUACUUCAUUGGGACAAUGCAUCUUUUAAAAUUCUUCAUAACAAAAUAAUAAAGCAAAGCAUGCAUGACAAAACUGGUUACAUUACAGAAGCUUUCCCAAGCAUUUCGCUCCGUGGAAGAUACAAAGCACACAAUAUAAUUAUACCUGGAUUUUUAAAAAGAAACACUUUUGUUUUAUUGUGCACAGAAAUGUCUAUUGAUAAAUGCAUUUCUGAGUGGCUACGGAAGUAUCUUGUUGCACAUUAAGAUAUUUAGGCUUAAUGUGCACAUAGACAUUUUUGUAUGCAUCAACUUUGCAUCUUUUACCCAUUUACACUUCAACACAAAUCUCACUGAAAUGCUUUUUAUACAUGAAAUUAACUCAGGACUUGCAAACUUUACCUGUUUUGGAUGGCAAAUAACCAACUGUGGAACUGAUCCGUCAAAACUACUUCUGUUGAUUAUUUACCAGAUUUGCCUCCCACAGGCUAGAAUGAAGCUGAUAAUUAAGGCUGCAAUCCUAUGUGUAGUUCCUCAGGAGAAAGUUCCAUUGAACUCAAUGGAAAUUACAUCCAAGUAUCUAUAUACAAAAUUGUGUCGUAAGAUAAUUAGAACAAAGCCAAGAUCCUUCCAAGAGUUUAGUUCCUCUACAGGUCUAGCUAACCUUGACAAAGGUUAGUUGCAAAUCAAUUAGGAUAUCAAGGAUCAAAUGGAGGAGAAUGAAAGACAUAUGCAGAUAUGGUUCAACCUAAUGAAAAGGGUUCAACAUUUCUGCUUCCAACCAUAAUGAUGUGAGUGAUUGAAUGAAUGAAUGAAUACAUAUAUCUGCCUGACUUAGGAACUUUAGUCAGGUUUCCCCACUCCAGUUAUCAGGGAAUGGGGAUCCAGUUCGCUGCAUGACUUAUUGACUCUCCUUACAACUAGAAAAAUAACAAAAUUUUUCAAAUUUGGCAUUUGUAUAAUUUUGACGUGAUUCAUUUCACAGAGAUGAUAGGCUUUAGCUAAAGAUGGCAUCAGGCAGAACCCACUGGGGAGAGCAUUCACCAAUCUGGGAGCCACAACUAAAAAGGCUCCCUGGGAGAUUUUGUGAGUUAUCAUCCCAGUCCUUGCCAGAGACAGACAGGACUCAUCACCAUCAUAAGCUUCAUGAGUGGUUUUGUUGGUCAUACAUUUUUUAAAAAUUGAAUUUAAAUAAAAGGAAUGAGAAAAAUAAUAAUAUUGGAGCUAGGUAUUUCUCUUCUUUUGUUUGAUGUGGUUCCUACUUCAGCGUACCUGUUUAAACUAUAAUACUUCAUUGUGAUAUUGCUUCCUUAUUUUCUUUUUUAUUUGUCUAGAUUUUGGCAGUAUAACUUUUACAGUAAUGAAGGGUUCUUUUUUCUGCAUUUCAGGAUGCACAAUGAAGGCUGGUUAAUGGAUAUAUUCAAAAGGAUUCAGAGUGAUGAGGCAACUUUAUUUGUUCCAUUUGACUUGGAAAUCUCCAACCAAGAGUUGAGCUACAUUGUGAAAAAGGCAGAACAGUGGAGAGGAAUCAAUGGUGAAAAACGAAAAGUGAGUAGAAUAAUAUACCAUCAGAGUUUUGCAGCAUGUUGGUUCAGGGGUAUCUUUAACUUCUUUUUUCAUUAAAAGUUGAUUCAUCUUUGAAUGAUAUAGGGAUGUUUGAGGAAUUCAUUUGUUAAUUCUGGUAUGAACUGACCUGAUCCACAUACCGUAUUUACUCGAAUGUAAUGCACAUCUUUCUUGGCCAAACAACAUCGCAAAAAUUAGGAUGCACAUUAGAUUUGAUGGUGCCAGCAAAUACUUUUUUGGUUUCAAGGUUUUGAAAGUUGAAGUGCACAUUAGAUUUGAUGGCAUAUUAGAUUUGCAUAAAUACAGUAGUAUAUCCUGAAAGUUCAGAAACUGGGUUUAUAAAUUAGUCAGUGAAAUAUCCAGUAUUAAGACCAACGGCAUUAAAAGGCAUGAUGAGGACAAGCUAACCACUGAACUGACUCUGAGAUCUGGUCAGGGAGAAUCACCUAAAGGCAUUUAUCAGGAAUCAGGACAUGGGAGAGGAAACUGGCUCAAGGAGGCCACUUCAUAGUCCACUUACUAUAGAUCAACACACACUUACCUGGUAGUAAGUCUAACUCACCUCAGUUGGACUUUUAUCGGAGAUGCACUGGGCCACAAUGUUAAAGUAGUUAAGUGAACCUGCGAAAGGUUUCAGUUUUCAGGAAAUCCCCCAAACAUGUAGACCAGCCCAGAAAUUUGUUGGUGGGUUAGGUGGGACAGUGGCAUUUCCAUUAUUUGGCUGGUUAAUAUGGAGGCAGUAGGAGUGAAAAACUAGUAAAUGUGGGGAUUCUGUCUAAUAAAAUAGCACUGCAGCUAAAAGGAUGCAAAGUCUGUAAAGCUUUAACUGAGAAAGAUCAGCAGUUUGUAUAAAUAUAUGGCCUCACUUGUCACUGCUAUAAACAUCUGGUGCUGUUCUAAUUAUUUUCCAGUUUCUUUCUCAAUGAGAGUUUUGACCCUGGAAAACAUAAUAAAAAGGUGAAUGUGUCAAUUGAACAAGCAGAUACUGUACACUUAGCCGUUUGUGAAGUCAUUAGUGCCUGAAAUUCUCCUUUGUGAAUUUGGGUGCUUAAUAUUCUCUGGAUACUCUCCCAAUGCUCAAAUAUUCGGUGAAUAUUUUAGUAUUUGGAAUUUGAAGUCCAUUGAUAUCUGGUUUAAAUGUUUAAUAUCUGACCAUCAACAUUUGUAGAAAUCAGCAUUUGUCAGUAUUUAGCACUUGGUAUGUAACAGGAGAUUGUGGUAGUUUUCAAACUUUCUACCUUCAGGGGGAAUUUUAUCUUUAGGAAAUGCUUUCCCCACAUAUUUGCCUGACAAAGGACUUUAACCUCUUUCAGAAUAAACUCAGUAUGCACUCAGUUCACCAUAAGAGCUUUCUAGGAAAGAUCUAGGAGAUUACAGGAGAUUUCAAGGAUGUCCAUAUUUUUAAGAGAGGAGCAAAAUGAAGCCAGGAAAUUCAAGCCCAGUCAGCCAACUUCAGUUUAGAUCACAAUACAACCACUGGGUUGCACCCAACUAUGGAUGUUCAUUAAUUUCAAUGGAUCUACUCUGAGUAGGACUAGCAUUAGCUACAGUUCAGCAUCUGUCAUCUGAAGGGCAACAAAAUCCCCAAUAAGAACCAUCUUCUCUUAUUAAACCAAUCAUAUGAAACCUUAUUUCUGCUUUGUAUGUAAUGAUAGUUCUGUGAGUGGUAUAUAUUAGUGAUGGGCAAACUUACCUUAUCACAAUCCAAAUGCCUGCAAAGAAGGCAUCAUGACUUCCAGGACUCACAACCAAGAUGGAAAUUUGAAAGAAAUUCUGUUAGAAAAUCCAUCUCAGAUGAACUUUCCCCAGAACAGAGCACAGCUCUGGAACCUUCUCUAGUCUGAAGGACGAAUCUAUUUACAUUGGAUUAUUUCUUAUCCUUAUCUGCUUGCUUCUGAUUUUUAUUCUCUAGAUUUAAAAAAUUGCCUUGUAACGGCAUACUUUAAAAUAUGCUUAAUUUCCUUUUAUUAAACUGAUAAAUGCAGCAGUCGAGGAUACAUUUACAGUAUAAUGAGAAUUUAAGGCUUUUCUAUUUCAUAAUUUUUACAUUGUUCAGACAAGCAAUUUGUCAUUGGCAGAAAGACAGCCAUACCAUAAUUUUCAAAAGUAUUUUUAGCCAUCCAUUAAAUAGGAAAAAAGGUCACUUUCUGUAGUCAAGAAUCACUCUAUUAAAGUAAUUUGCCAACAUGCAAAUGUUGUCACAUUCCCAUCAUUAAGUAUUUAUCAAAAGGGUUUUUUUUUAAUUUUUAAGAGAAUAUAUAUUAAUAAAUGGGCAGCUAGCAGCUGGAACUGGAAGUCAUAUUUUGCAACUCUAAUGUUUUUUACAUCCUUAAUUAGAUAGCAUAAGGUUGAUAUGAUUAGGUCAGGAUGAAGUGUUUUUCAUUAAACCAAAUUUUAGAAGUUGUAUUCAUGAUUCACCCUUGCAAUUAAAUAAUGGGACAAUGAAUUUUAUAUCAUUGAUCUAAUUAUUCCCACAUGGAAAUGUAUACAUUUAAUCAAUGUGUGCCUUAGGACCUUCAUUAGCAACAAUGGGAUAAUAAUAUUUUGAAGUACAUAGAUUGCAUGUCUACAAAUGUAUUUGUGUUCUAAUUGUUGGUGAAUGAGGUGAAUAUCGAAUGGGAUUUCAGUUCGAGACCAAAUUCAUUUACACUGUAAUUGUCCUCAUGCCUACUCAGAUGUUAAGUCCCACUGAUUCAAUGGAACUUAGUCCCAGGUAAGUGUCUGUAGGAUUGCAGUCUCACUGUGAUGCAUAUCAUGGAGUAACCCUAAACAUAUAUGACCUUCAUUUGUCUGCAUGCCUGAACUGUGGCAUUUAAUUCCCCAUUCAUACAUCUUCAUGUCACAUGAAAAGUAGCUAGGUUGUCUACCAGUUCCCAAGGCUGUUACAGGUAUCGACACCUUGAACAGUGAUGGGGAAGCUGUGACCCUCCUAAUGUUUUUGUUGUUUAGUUGUUUAGUCAUGUCCGACUCUUCGUGACCCCAUGGACCAGAGCACGCCAGGCACUCCUGUCUUCCACUGCCUCCUGCAGUUUGGUCAAACUCAUUUUGGUAGCUUCAAGAACACUGUCCAACCAUCUCAUCCUCUGUCGUCCCCUUCUCCUUGUGCCCUCCAUCUUUCCAAACAUCAGGGUCUUUUCCGGGGAGUCUUCUCUUCUCAUGAGGUGGCCAAAGUAUUGGAGCCUCAGUUUCAGGAUCUGUCCUUCCAGUGAGCACUCAGGGCUGAUUUCCUUCAGAAUGGAUAGGUUUGAUCUUCUUGCAGUCCAUGGGACUCUCAAGAAUCUCCUUCAGCACCGUAAUUCAAAAGCAUCCCAUUAUCCCAAAAUACUGGCAAAGUUUGCUGGGGCUGAUAAGUGUUGAAGUCCAGCAACAUUUGGACUGCCACUGCUGCAUACUUAGACAGAGAAGGGAAGGACUGAGGCAGUGGUGCAGUCAGGGUGCUGCAAAUGCACUGGUGGCGUCAAUCCAGUGCUCCUGCUGGCAUGUUUGCACCAUGCCAAACCUUGCUGCCAUCUUGACUUCUCCCCAUCUCCAUUCUCAUAUGCAUUUGCACCUUGGCUGAAGGGAAGUCUGGCAAGGGCAUGCAGCUGGAUCCUAAGCACUUUUGUUGGAACUGAAUCUCAUUUGGUUCCAUGGAGUUCCUAGUAAGUCUUAUCAUAUAAUUUUCUUGGGAGUAACUUUGUCCAAUGAAAACAAUGAGAUGAACCUGAAAAUAUCAGUGCCUCAAUUCAAAGCAUAAGCUCUUCAUGUAUGCAGAAUUUCCAACUCAGUUUCUUUGAAAUCCUUGAACGAUAUGGCUUGAACGUUGCCUCCUCAAAGUUAACAGGACAAUUGCUCCUGGAAAUGAGACUGAUUCAUGAGACUAGGGCUAAUUUUCUAAUUCUAAAAUGAUAUUAUAGCAAACCAUAAAAAAUUAGCCGGCAGUAAUUUUUUUGAAAAGAAAAUAUAUUUGUAAUUAGCUUGAACACACAAAAUUACUUGGGGGCCUAUUAUCGACACAAUUUUUGGCACUUUACACUAAUUUGCAUUUAUUACUCUCAGGCCAACUUGUUAAUAUGUUAAUAAAUAAGUCAUUAAUAUAUGUUAUUUAAUUGCCACCUAUUUAUUCCUCCUCCAUAAUGCAUUAAUUACCUGUUAAUAGUUAAGGGCAAAAUCCUUGCAUUGGAAAGGAUCUAAUGUUGCCUUCCAUCAUUCAGUUGCAAGAGAUAUCCUUGUGAUAAUCAAGUCCAAUAAAUUCAAUAUGGCUUUUCAAGGAUUUGGAGAACUUAAUAAAUGGGUCCUCCAAAUCUAUGUUGGGCAUGUUCCAUGCAAGUAUCCAGACAGGGUACUAAUUUUUCUAUUGCAUUUUUUUCUCUUUUGCUGCCAAUGGUGCACUCCAGCUUUUGUUUAAGAGAGGGAGGGAGGGAGGGAGGGAGAGAGAGAGAGAGAGAGAGAGAGCACACCAGGCUCCUAGCAGUGAUAUUUGCAGAGAAAAACCGAAACCCCCAAAAUAAAGAAUGCAAUGCUUUGCCAAGUGCAGUCAAUCUUUAUUUAUGGAUUUCACCACUUUGCAAAAAGAAAUUAGAAAAGGAAUGCCAUCACAACUGAAUAAAGUAUUACAAAUAAUUUAGAAUCAAAAAUUAAAGCUAUGCAAAAAUAAUGUAUAGCAAAAAAUAUUACUCUUUUUUAAAAAAAUAAAUCAUUUGGUUAUUUUCAUUUAAUUUUUGCAGCAGCGUAGGAAAUGUAUUUGCUGAAUAUGCAACCUUAUAGAAAAACCAUAUGAUUUUCUUGUUAGCUGAACUAGAUGCUUUCCCUUUUCAAUCAUGGGACAUAGGCGUGGGGCAAAGGCAGUUUGAUCCAAGCAAAGCAACGAAAGUCACACACCAACAUGGUGCCGGGCACAAUGUAGAGAAGGGUUUGCCCUUUGGGUUCCCUCAAGCAUGCUGCCAUCUUUGCUAUAUAAACAGUGACACUCACCCCUUAAAAGUAAGGAAAGGGGGGGGCGAGGAAAAGAAAAGGAAAACCAUGAUUAUAAACAAUCAGCCACUAAUAUUAGCUUUCAUUUCCCUGUGGCCCAGUAAUCAGAAAAAGUGAAUAUCUUUAAGAGGGGGGAGAGUAGCUUUGAGUGGCACCUGGAAUUAACUAGACCGGUGUGGCAAAGAUCUCUGCCAUUAAAUUCUUGGUUCAAAAUCUACAAACACUUCUCCUUUUUUUUACAUCUGUGUAUAAGGGAAAAUAGAGAUUAGGAGAAGAAAAUUAAAUGCAGGCUGGACAAAAAACAAGAUUCAUUUGCCCAUAAAACAUGUUAGGAAGUUUAAAAAACAUUUUAACAGAUGUGCACACACAAAGGACUACUUUAAUCAAUUAUCAUAAUGAAGAAUGAAUGUUGCCCACCAGUAACCUAAUGGAAACAGUCUUGCAGAAUGCAGCUGCUGUUUGACUCUGCACAGUCCUAUGUUGGUGGCAUGAUUUCCUAUUUUAUGAAUAAUAAGGAAGGGAACAGAAUAAAACAUGGCUUAAAAAUGGGUAUAUAAAAUACUCCAAGCCAUUGAUUCCUGCAUCCCCAGAUCAGAUGAUUGCAUGGUAGUAUGUCAGUGGAAGAAAAAUAAAUAUGAGUGUGUGUGUGUGUGUGUGUGUGUGUGAGCAAGCAACAGCUCUCAGGAGCUGCUCACAGCAUCCUUCACUUUGCCACAUGAUAUCCAAUACAAUGCGCAGCCGUUCCACACUACAAACUCUGGCAAAAUGAAAUGUCAUGGUGAAACAGAACGGGGUUUUGCUUAGGGGGGGAAAAAUUGUGAACUUGAUGUCGAUGGAGAUAUUUUCAUUGCUUGCCACUCAUUUAAAUUUAAGGAAAACUAUGAAAAUGUCAGGAACAUUUAGGUUUCUAAAAUUUGCUGGUGAUCCUUGAAAAAAAAAAGAUACUUGAAAAUCCAUAAUGAGCACAUUAAUUAUGUAGAAGCAGUGAUGCAGAAGAACCUAAUUAAUUGUCGUCUUGUCAGCCUUCUGAUUCCCAUACCUGGAAGGGAGGUGUUAAUUUCCACAAUACUUAGGCAUAUAUGCAAACUGUUUCACCAGAGCACUUUGAGUGGUGGCAAAGGAGAAACGCACUCUUCUGUCAUUUUCUCUCUCCUCUGCAGUAAUUAAUGGGACGUUCUGUUGACAUGAGCUAAUAGCUUUUGAUCAGGGCCUGCCUGUCUGUUGGGCAAAUGAAAGAUUUGUUCCAGUGGUGGAGGCAGCAAGCAUACCUGGGAAAACAUUUAGCCAUUGCCAGUGCUGAUGCCAAAGGCAGCCAAGCCCAAAGAAGGGGAGACCCAUUGAUUGCAUCUACUGGUCAACAAUUAUAUGCUAAAUUGGUCCCCUCCCCCAUUUCUGGAUUAGAAGGUGAGGCCUGGUGCUGCAGGACUUUGCGAAAUGGGGUGCAGAUGCAUACUCAGAUCAAGGUGAUAAAAGGAUAGGGCCCUGGUGGGACAUGGAUUUAGAGAAAAAUGGGAAGGGGGCAAUAUAUGCUACUGAAGGAUGAAUAGGCAUGAAAGAAAACAUUAGUGCAAAGUUACAACAGGAACAGCAUGCCAGUAAACUACUCAGUGACAGGCUUCAGGGAAUCCGAUCCCUCCUUGUAAUGAGUAUGGGUUGCUCGUGCGUAAGUUGCCGCCUCUCCUGGCUUUGUUGCCUUGUUAAACCCUUCAGUCUGGGCAGCCCUUCACUUCGUGGCUGCCUCAGUCGCUAGUAGAAUCCGUCAGUGGGCGUUUCUUAAAUCUUUUCCAACAUAAAAGUUGUUUGACACCCAGUCUCAUCCUACUCUCUCUGCGCGGAAGUCUUCUGUACAGGGAGGGCGUGGGUAGCGGAGGACCCGUGCUCUCCCCGCUGGUGUCCGGUGAAGAGUCCUGGAGCCCUCUCGCCGAUUCCCCCAUCUGCCCCCCUGUAUCCCUGGUGUUGCGCUGAUUUGCUUCCCCAUCUGUGGAGCUGCCUCUCUCCCUGCUGGGCCCUUCUCCAGCAUCAUUUGAGAGCCUUCCCUCCGCCUCUAGCUCCGAUGUCAGUUCCCUGACACUCCUACAGUAGGAAGUCGAUAACAAGAAGAGUUCUUACCAAGUCCUUUAUUCAAUAUUCACAGAUAGAGGCUUUGGAAAGUGCCUCUCCAUUGCAGUAAUGGCGUUGCUCUGAGUAAUCUCCUCUACCACUUGGCUGCGUAAGGCCCUUUGUCUGUUUGCUUUCUGCUCUCUCACUGGUCCUAGAAGAAGGGAGGGGUCUGGAAUGCUUUCUAAUGAUAACGUGUCAGCCAGCAGUUCUGGCUCUGCUGCUUCCCCCUCCUCUCUUUCCAUUAUCUCCCAGCUUUGUCCUUUUUCUGUCUCAGAGUCAUGACCUUCUGCAAACCACCAUUGUAAUUAUACUGUCCUCCUCUUCUUAGGAAGGUUCAGGAGGAGGGGGUGGCGGCCUCCACCAUUCCUCUUCAGUCCAGUCCCUGACACACAGGAUGAUUCACCUAUUUGGGCUGCAUGAGGUGUGACUUGUACCCAGUGGCUACUCAUUCCAUUCCAUUUCUCAAAGUUGAAUUAGAUAUAUAUGACAGAAGGAAACCUGAGGAAGAUGACAUGCAUAGAAACACGACAUAUUAAAGGUUUUGAUCAUGCCCCCUUCAUGCUGGAAUAUAAGGGUUCAGGCGAUCCCUGAGGUAUCCCAGAGCUAAGUUGUUCAGGGCUUUGUAAAUCAAUACAGGACCCUUGAACCUGGCUUGGUAGCGGAUGGGCCGCCAGUGCAGCUGUUUUGGUGUCUCAUAUUCUUGAUCAGAAACUCCCAUUGGCAAUCUGGUUUCAGCAUUCUGCACCAGCUGGAGCUUCCAAACCAAGCCAAAGGGCAGCUCCACAUAGAGUGUGUUACAGAUAUCUAGCCUCAAGGCAACCAAUGCAUGGACUACAGCACUACAGCAGGGCUGGCCCAAGACAUUUUAGCACCUGAGGUGAACCACAAAAUGGCACCCCCUCCAUGCCAAAGAAGAAGGAAUGAGUGAAGUUCUGCAUCAGGCAUAAGGGAGCAAUAAAGAUUGACAUCAGAAUCUGCUGCCGUUGUGGCUCCUGGUGCCUGAAGCAGUUGUCUCACCUUGACUCAUGAGUGGGCCAGCCUUGGACUACAGUCAGGCUAUCCCGGUUUAGGAAUGGUCAUAGUUGGCAAACCAGACAAAGCUGGUAAAAGGCACUCCUGGCCAGAGAGGACAUUUGGGCCCCUAUUGAUAAAGUAUCCAAGAGUGCCCCCAAACUAUGCCCUUGCUGCUUCAAAGGGAGUGCAACCAGAACAGGUGACUUGCCAAUUUCCCAAACAUGCGAACAACCACCUACUCAAAGAGCCUCGAUCUCCCCAGGAUUAAAACACAGUUUAUUGGACCUCACCCAGUCCACCAGUGCAUCCAGGCACCAGUUCUCAUAGGUCAUGAUUUUGAUUUUGAGUAUCUUCUUCACGAUGAGCUACUGUUCUUCCCAGGCUUUAAGAUGUGCUAAUAAAGUCCUGCUCUGAAUUUCAGUGCUUACUGACUUUAGGUUGAUUUAUUAUUAUCAUUAUUUUUAAAAUAAUUUUAUUAAGUACAAAUUAAAAAAACAUACAUAUUCACAGCAAAAGAAAAUACAAAAGAAAGAGAAAAUACAUCUAACCAAGGAAAAACAAUUAGAGAAAGUUUUGUCUCUUUUCAUAUUUACAGUUAUUUAUACCUCUAUAAAAUGCUGUUUACAAUAAAGCAGUGAAAUGAAAGAUAAGAUAUCAGGGGGAAAGAAAAAAAAAAGAAAGAAUAAAGAAGUGAAAGAAAAAGAUCAUUUUAGGUUGAUUUAAAAAAUGAACAGGCCUUUUAGUGUGUGAGCUCCAGAAUGAUGGAAUUCCCUUCUCCCAUAGUGUUGGAUAGCAUGCUCUUUUUCUUUUUCUUUUUCCUUCCUUGUUUAAGAAAGGAAAACACAUAUGUUUAGGCUGUGGGUGUACAAGCACUCAACAGCUUGACCUGAGAGUGAAUCCAGCCUUUCAUGUGCUUUGAAAGUUAAGAUAGCUGUGCCAGCAGGACGAUUCUGCCAGCAUAUUUUCCUACUGGGAUUUAUGGAGUGGGGAUGAAGUAGAAGAAUCACUAUGAUCCCUAGUGGUAAAAGAUGUUGCCAGCAUCACCACACUAAUAGCAUCUUCUUCACUUUCCAGAAUAUUGAAUGGGAAGGAGAGAUGCCUGCUUGCUUCUCCAUCAUAAGCUCUAAGACACAUUCCCCCCUGUUGGGAAUGGGAUGGGAUGGGAUAUAAAGGUGAGUGGAAGCGAAGGGUUGCACAAGUGGAAUUGAAGUAGGGAGCCCACUCAAAAUAAACUACACAUGUCUUGAUUCUGCUCAAAAGAAUUACAGCAAGGCUGCUCAAAUUAGUUUAGGCACACUUUUGGAAAAACAUACCCCUUUUAUAUUUAUGUCUAGCCUUUGUGAGCUUGAGUUGUUAGUGUUAAUUAUUGUGGAUUUCAGCACUGCUAUCCUAAUAGCUUUUCUGAACUGUUUAGCCACCUUGAGAACCGUUGGUUGAAUGGUGGUCUAGAAAUAAAUAAAUGGGUUUCUGGUCUUGUAUGAAGACCACUUGUGAUCAUGGGCAAACUUUGAAAAUCUGCAUUGAAAAACAUUUAGUCACAAUUCUUCUUUAGUCACAAUUUUUUCAGGUGUGCCUGUCAUCAGAUGCUUGGAAGAAAUAGCUCAAUGAAAAUCAGGGUUUUGCUGCUUGUUGUCAAGGCUAUAGAAAACAAUCCAUUGCAUUUGCUCUCAGGGUGGGGCACUGAACACAUUUCAUCCAAUAUCAUCUUACUUACAUUAAUAUUUGAUUCAUAGGCAUCCUGUCCACAGAGAUUAAUUAGCAAGCAGGUCUGAAGUGUGCAAGUGAAAAUAUGAUAAUUAGUUUUCUGACAAUGCUAACAUUUCAACACUUCAGAUUGCGUGAUGGUUUUGCAUUUAAGGAAAGCAAGCAAAUCCCUCCCCAAGCAGACUUCUGUUGGUUUGACAUAUACAGUGGUACCUCGGUUUACCAACUUAAUCCAUUCUGGAAGUCUGUUCUUAAACCGAAACUGUUCUUAAACCAAGGUGCGCUUUCCCUAAUGAGGCCUCCCACUGCCGGUGCCCUUCCAUCGUUUGGAUUCCAUUCUUAGACUGAGGUAAAGUUUACAAACUUGGACACUACUUCCGGUUUUGCGGAGUUUGUAAACCGAAUCGUUCGUAAACAGGUCUGUUCUUAAACUGAGGUACCACUGUAUACAUGGAGGCUCAGCCUGGCAGGGACACCUCCUAGGCAAGCCCCAUUGAAGAAGAAGAAAUGCUCCUCAGUAAUUGUGCUCAUAGUCAAUAAUAACGUUCUUAGCUCUAAUAAUGUUCUUCUUUAAGGCUGCAACCCUGUGCAUAUCUACAUGGGAAUAAUACCACUGAACAUGGUGAGACUUACUUCCAAGUAAACUUGCUUAGGGAUCAUGUAAUAUUAUAAUUCUGUAUAUUAUUUUCUCUCCUUUCUGUACUAAUCUCCAGUAAACAGGGAAAUCCCUCAGGAUAUUUUCCGUUUUAAACAAAAUAUUGCUGGAACUUUAGAAUCUAAGUAUAAAAAUAGCUAGUCUCCCACUUUUAAUAGAUGCAACUUUUGGAAUUGAUUGUUCUUGCAACUGAAAAGCCAGUCCAGGGUCCAUUAGGUCAAUGGUUCAUGUAUUACAUCAUGGACUAUUAUAAUUUCAUAUAUUACAUUGUUUCCCUUCUGUGUGACAAAAUCACCAAUGAACAAUUAUUAAACCCCUUAGGAUAUUUUGUUCCUAUUUGUUUUACCAAUGUUUUGAACACUUUGGAAUCCUUAUAUAAAGAUAGCUAAUGCAUAUGUGUUUCUGCACAUGCCAAUCUAUCAUAAAGAAUGCUUGGAAUCAUGCCUUGCCUGCCUUUUCAGAACCUGAGUUGGUAACAGAACAACCAGAAUCUCUUAAAUUCGAUCAAAGACCCAAAGAGAAGCAUAUCGUGGGUCUUAAGAAUUCCACCACGUUCUUUGAAAGACAGCUGGUACUAGAACCACUUGUUAUUUAUUUCCAUUAAUGAAUCACAUCCUGGAAAUCUCAAAGUGAUACACACACACAUGUUCAAAUGCAAUUCAGAUAAAUUUGAGAUUAAAAAAUCUCGCUAAAGGCUUGAUGAAAAAGAAGGUACUCAAUAGUUGUCAAAAAGGCAAUCUAGAUGGAACUUAUUUGAUCUGUAAUGGGAGGGAGUUCCAAAGGUACGAUUCCUACAGGCUUUCUGAAAAGUUGCUACCUGAAAGAGUGUGGUGUUUAGCUGAACCAUUAGAAACAAGAUCGUAAAAAGAGGAAUAUUUAGCUCCCUCUGAGUUAUAGCUAUUUCCUGAUGAGGUUGAGGACAACUGUUCAUCUCCUUUAAAAUGUUUCUGGCCAUAAUACAGGAUGGCAUCAUAAAUAGAUUGAGCAAGCUGCAAAGUAAAUUAUUUGAGAGUUUGGAACAGGCAACUCUAAAAUCCAGUGAAUCCCAAAUUCUUGAAUUUAAACAGAUUUAGGGCCGUUGAAGUAAAUCAGAAUGCAUACUAGCAUUCCAGGCAAAUGGGGUUAUGGAUUGGGCUGUCAGAAGCUUUGGAAAAUAUUAGCCAUGUACAAAGUAGCAUUAGUGAUAUACACAGCAGCAUUUAACUGAAUGAUCUGGAGCACAUUCUAAGUUUUCAGAUAGCUAGAUGUUUUCAAUAAACAGAAAUGCUGAUUACCUGAGAUGGGAGACAUAGAGAAGGAUGGGCGGCAAAAGCCAAAUUCAGAUAAUGAUUAGACAUCCAAGAUCGAGAUUUGCAUAAAAGAAUAAUUUGUAGAAAAGUGAAAUAUUCAUUUGAAGUGAAAGGCAUGAGGAAUUCUGUUUGUUUGCAAAAAUAAAGACAGCUCCAGGAAUGUGUAUUGUCCAUAAGAAUGAGUGAAUUUGUCAGUUUCAAUUGCUCUAAGUUUUUCAUUUUUUCUAAUCUUAAAUUCAGUUCUCCACAUUUCACAGUUUGUGAUUUUUUAAGAGUUCUUGUUUUUUUAAAAUGUGUGAAUUUCUUUUAAUGCACACAUUUUAUAUGCAAUUUUACAUACACACACACAGCAAUUUCACCUGAUAUAAUGCAUCUCUGUUAUUUUCACCAAUGUAUGCAUUUUUAAUGGAUAUCUUACUCUGGAAUAUGCAUUUUUCACCUUUUACUUGGAUCAAGAGCUGCUUUGCAAAAUUUGGAGAAGUGCGGAUUUCAAGGGAGAACUGUCUUUCUGUUUACAUAAUGUUUCAGAAAGUAUGAAUUAGGCAGUUUGGCCCUUAAAUGCAAAUUAAAUCCCCCAUCCCACUUUGAUUUCCACUCCUUCAUUAUAGUCCUUCAUUCAAAGAUGAGAGUAUGAAGCAAAAAGAGAGGGUCACUUUGUAAUAAUGAAAAGUCACAUUAGGAUUUUAGCUUCCAGUUUCAACCUUAUCUUUUAGCCUGCUUAACCAUUGCAUUAGACUGCAUUUGUUCUUUUGACAAUUUCACUGUGACAAUAUUUCAGAGGAAGUUACCUGGGUAAGCAAGCUCCCAUAUUUGUAUUGAAACAAGCAAGGAGAAUACACAGUGUAAGAUCUCAUUCAGGAGCAUUAUUCAGAUUAGUGACUACAUUCCACGCGCCUUGCCUUGCAGCUGUCCAAAGGGUUAGGUGGGCUUAACAUGAGUCUGCAGGUUUUGUCUGUGGUCUGGUUUUAAUGAACCUUGAAAAAGUUGCCUGAGGUUGGUAGGUCCCCUGACAAAUAUUAAACAGCUGGAAUAAACAAGCUGUUCUACUCGAAUGCAUAAAACACCCCACAUUUUGUUCUGCAAGAAAAAUAAAACAAGCAAAGGGGUGAUACACUUUAUUCUGACAGGCUUGGCAGCAAAUUCAAAGUAGAACUCCUGCCUUUCCAGGGCAGGAAAACUUUCACUCAAAGCUCAUCAGCUUCAUUUAAAUGAAUGAAUGAAUUGAAUUGGUACCAUUCCCCUUUAAUUUACCUUGUUCCUAGACAGUUUAAUAAAGGCAUUAGACUAUGGCAAAUGGAGUGCAGUUCUGUGUAGGUUACCUCAGUAGUAAGUCCAUUGUGUUUAAUGAGGCUUCCUCCUUAGCUAAGUGUGCCUAGACUGGCAGCCUUAGCCUGCAACCCUGAACAUUAUUAAGAACCCCUGACCAUUAGGUCCAGUCGUGGCUGACUCUGGGGUUGCGGCGCUCAUCUCGCUUUAUUGGCCGAGGGAGCCGGUGUACAGCUUCCAGGUCAUGUGGCCAGCAUGACUAAGCCACUUCUGGCGAACCAGAGCAGCGCACGGAAACGCCGUUUACCUUCCCGCUGGAGCGGUACCUAUUUAUCUACUUGCACUUUGACGUGCUUUCAAACUGCUAGGUUGGCAGGAGCAGGGACCGAGCAAUGGAAGCUCACCCCGUCGCAGGGAUUUGAACCUCCGACCUUCUGAUUGGCAAGUCCUAGGCUCUGUGGUUUAACCCACAGCGCCACCCGCGUCCUGAACAUUAUUAAUAGAGAGUAAAUCCCGCUGGGUUCUGUGGGAUUCACUUCGGUACAAACAUGCCAUCUAGUUCAAUGUCAUCUAGUCCAACCCCCUGCGAUGCAGGCAUCUCAGCUAAAGCAGCCAUGACAGAUGACCAUCCAACCUCUGCUUAAAAACCUCCAGGGAAGGAGAAUCCACAACCUCCUGAGGAAGACCGAUCCACUGUCAAACUCUUACUGCCCUUACUGUCGGAAAAUUCUUCAUGAGGUUUAGUUGGAAUCUCCUUUCUUGUAACUUGAAGCCUCUGGUUCCAGUCCUACCCCCCAGAGCAGGAGAAAUCAAGCUUGCUCCAACUUCCAUAGGACAGCCCUGCAAAUGAGAUUUGGUGAGCUUUAUGGAAGGCCUUAGAGUUGAUUCAGAACUGUGGGCCACCCGCUUUCUUCUUGUCCAGGCUGUUAAAUGCUUGUAGUCAACUGGUUACAUCUGGAUUCUACCACAGUUCCAAAACUGGGUAAGGAAUGUGUAUAUAUCAGGCAUCCCCAAACUCAGCCCUCCAGUUGUUUUGGGACUACAACUCCCACCAUCCCUUGCUAACAGGACCAGUGGUCAGGGAUGAUGGGAACUGUAGUUCCAAAACAGCUAGGGGGCUGAGUUUGGGGAUGCCUGGUAUACAUUAUAUGUGUGUAUGUAUGUACCUGUUACCUUUAUAUUGUGCCAUUCCUCCAAAGAGCUCAAGGCAGAAUACAUUCUGCCUUUGCCUUCUCAUCUUAUUCCCCAAAACAACCCUAUAAAGUUGGUCAGGCUGAGGUCCAAGGCCUUUCCAGCCUUCGCAUUCUAACCACUAUGCCAAACUUGCUGCCACAAAAAGCUUUAUGAGAAGGAAUGGAAAGAACCAUUUCGGCAACAAUUGUGUGAAUCAGAUAUCCAUGAACAUUGUCCCGCACAUGUGAUGCCAGUGUUUGAGAAGACAAAAUGGUGAAGCUGAGGGGGAGGUGCAAGUGGAAGCCUUUUUCUCCCCCCCCCCAAAAAAAUGGUUUCCCCUUGAGCUUUGGGUCCUCAGUUUGUUCCUAUCUGUUCGCUCGAUUCCCCCCUAUUAUCUGCCACAAUACAGCCCCCUUCCUGAACACAUGCCAUCGAUCAAGGGUCUUGUUAGCAAGCCCAGCAACUAGUGUGGUGUGCAUACUUGUAAAUUACCCCAGGAGUUAAUUAAGGCCUAGUUUCCCCAUCACUGUAGCCUCCACAGCACUUGAGCCCAUGUAGUUUGUGAAUGUUUCGUAUAAGAGUCUCGAACAAUUAACACUUGAAGUUAUGCCUUUUGCCUUCUUUAGCUCCGCGGCUAUGGUUCGGUUCUCCAGUGGAUGCCCAGAUGCAAACGUUAACAGUUACAUUGGAUUAUGUUACUAGCAUCACACCUAGGGGUGAAAGACCCUCAUAAAUCCUCACUCCUGCAAGCCUGAGAUUGAUUAAAAGGAUCUGUCUUGAAGUGAUUUUCAGUUCCUUCCUGAAUUUGCUAGCCCCUUUCCAAAAUCAAGCCAACGUACCAACAACCGCUUUAAUAGGACACCUCGGAUAAACGGUACAAGCAGGAGAAGCUGUGCAUGAAUAAUGAUCUGCUAAAAGAAUAUUAUUCAAAUUCAUGCAACUGGGAAGGAAAGAUAUUCAUCAGUAAGAGUUUAAAAAAACUUUGCUUUUAUGACCCCUAUCACUGCAACAUAUCUAACGGCAUUUUUGCUUGCCAAAGCUGACACUAAUUUGUUUGUACCAAUUGCAGGUAACGUACAGGCCAAGGAAAUAAGCAUGUAUACAGGCAACUCCUGGUUUAGACAUGACUGAUUGAUGUGCUAACACACACACGUGCAUGGUGCCAAACCUCAAAGUGACCCCCAAAGUCAUUAAAACACCACUAAGUCAUCACUGAAAGGGUGGGAUGGGGGCAGAACAGAGGUGGGGUGGAACGCUUUUCAUGGGCUGUGCCAACAGGCACAGGGUCUAGAAUGUAAGGUAAUGGGACCCCUGAUCAUUAGGUCCAGUCGUGACCGACUCUGGGGUUGCAGCACUCAUCUCGCUCUAUUGACCGAGGGAGCCGGCGUACAGCUUCUGGGUCAUGUGGCCAGCAUGACUAAGCCACUUCUGGCAAACCAGAGCAGCACACGGAAACCCCGUUUACCUUCCCGCCGGAGCGGUACCUAUUUAUCUACUUGCACUUUGAUGUGCUUUUGAACUGCUAGGUUGGCAAGAGCAGGGACUGAGCAACAGGAGCUCACCCUGUUGCGGGGAUUCGAACCGCUAACCUUCUGAUCAGCAAGUCCUAGGCUCUGUGGUUUAACCCACAGCACUACCCACGUCCCAUGGUGGAGAACGUAACCCCUGUGCAAAACAAGGAUCGCCUGUAUUUGUUGUCAUUGGUGCAGCUAGGGCUAUUUUAGCCAUGCUAUGGCCCCUGCCAUACCUGUGUGGGACAGGUAAAUAUUCAACUAGGCCAAAGCAGAUUUGCAGGCACUAGGUUGUCAGGGAUUGCAAGGUGCCAUGCAGCUAUUGAGCCCUGAAGAUCAGAUGAUCAUCCAUGUGGGCAGAAACAGCUCACCUGCCAUCAUUGUGACAGCAGGUGAUUGACAGAUGGAGGCUUUAUAUUAGAUGCUUAUUUAAGAAUGGUUAUUUUUAGAAGUGUCCUUUGAUUUCAUAUAUUUUAACAUACAGAAACUUUGAGUUAGAAGUGAAAACUGCAAUCAAGGAAAAAACUGGUACUGACUAAAAGAAAUAGCUUCAAAACAGAGAGCCUGGUGAGCAAGACAAUUUGAAGGAAUUCCAUUUUGCUUUUGAGAGGGUCAUAUAUCUCACAGAACAUUGAUCCACAGGCAAAAGGUCCACGCCUUCCCUCACAUUGCAGUUGAUCUCCCACAUUUUAAUUAAUCCUGCAAAAUGAAAUUGCUCUUUUCUACAGGAAUUGGCUGCUGUUCUUCCUUCUUUUUCUAAUCUCCCCCUCUUUAUGUUCAAAGCCAGGUGUCCAAAUAGCAUGGCCAAGGAAAGACCUGUGAUGAAUCAGCUCUGAAAACCGCAAGAUGACACAUUGCGAGGCCAUUUCCCCCCAAUAGCUAGCACCCACAAUGUCCUGACAUUGAUUGAACCAUUGUAGCUGAGUUCAGGCAGUAGAGCCGCUGGGUUGAUAAUGAUUUCGAUGGAGAGCAGAGGCACAAAGACACGUAUUUGGAUUCAGUUGCCCUCUGAAUUCUUGUUGUUGGUUGCUGUUGCUGUUCAUCUCCAAUUUUUCAAAUGAAUUGUAAACGUUACCCAUUGGAUAAAUACUGUCCCGCCAUAGCGUGUCCAAAGUUUGUGAAUCUUGAUUAAGAAAGAAUUAAGAAAGAAUGCUCAAAAGAGGCAUAGGCAAACUCGGGCCUCCAGAUGUUUUGGGACUACAACUCCCAUCAUCCCUAACUAACAGGACCAGUGGUCAGGGAUGAUGGGAAUUGUAGUCCCAAAACAUAUGGAGGGCCGAGUUUGCCUAUGCCUGCUCCAAAAUUACAUUGUAAUGAUGAGUGGUGGAGGCACACACCUGGCAGUGGUGUCACUGCUGCCUAGCAGAAUGGGGAUGGACGAGUCAAAACAGCAUUACCUGUUAGGAAGCAGCCUUACACUAUAUCAGUUUAUUGUCCAUCUAGCGUAAUAUUGUCUUCUCCAACUGGCAGCAGCUCUCCGGGGUCUUAGCAAAGACCUUUCCUAUUGCCUCCUACCUGAUCCUUUUGAGCUGUAGAUGUCUCCUUCAUAAUCCACCCCUAAUUUCCCAGGAUCGACCCGAGUUAUUCAGCUCUUCUUUCUGCAUUCACUUCCAGUGCUUGAACCGCAGACUUAGAAUGCAAACCAGCAUUGCUCGCCUUUUGAGUCGAGAGGGAGGGGUGCAGUGUGAUGGGCACCUGCCGAGCUAAGGAUUGGAGAUGAAUAGAGCCCAUAUUGAUUUGGGUAUAAUGGAGUGUAUAAGAAAAAUGGACCAGUUUUGUCUCAGGUAUUUUCCUGGGGUAUUAAAUUGGUGGAUUAGUUGCAAACAGCAGUCCUGAUAAAGUCUCCUGUCCAUAUUGAUGGUUGGGCCUUUCUAUUAAAAUGACACAUAAAUAACCUAUUAUGUCCCCCACCCUCGGAAAUUCAAAUGCACCUGUCAACUUGAUAAAGUGCUUGCCUGGAGGGAAGCAUUGUUUACAUUUUCACUCCAUUCUUCCAAAAAAAAUAAAAAUAAAUUAAAAAUGGGGUAGAUUCUAAUUAUUUUUCCUACUGUAAAUUAAUGCUGACUAUGAUGCUUAGCAACUCUCUUUAUUGUUAUAUCUUUGGGAAAGUUACAUAAUAGAACUGAUCCAUCACGUAUUAUGCAACAAGCAUUUUAUGACAGGCUUCCUUGGGAUCUUAUUUUGCCACUCUUCAUAAAUAAUCACUUUUGUUUCCUUCUUCUCCAGCAGCUGGAGGAGACUCUGUUGGCUGGUGGCUCAGAAUGGGUUUUGUUUGCAGUGGGAAAUGGAAUUCACAGACAUUUACCAGCCAGUGAUCUUUUGCUGUCUUGUAUAGAGUCAUUACUGAAAGUGCACUCCACUAAUAAAGGGCAUUGCUCUAACAGGCAGUUGGUUAGAAUAAUGCUAGAACAGUUAUGUGUGUGUGUUUCCCUGCAAAUCAAGCAUAUUGAAUACAGAGAUAACAUUUUCUCCCCUCCAGCGUAUAUUGGAGAUAGCAGUUGCAAAGUGAAUAAAGCAGUUUAGACUCAGAAAGCACAAACAGACUCACCUCAUUCACAAAACCUAAAGGUACUCUUGCGGCAAAUUUUGCUGUCUGUAUUAGCACAAAGGGGCAUAUUACUUAGCAGGCUAAAAGGAAGUCAGGGUCUUCACAAAAGGAUAUUCCGUACCCUCCAACAUUUCUCCAAUGAAAAUAGGGAUUUCCUAUAUUAUUAUUAUUAUUAUUAUUAAUUAAUUAAUUAAUUAAUUAAUUACCCCACCCAUCUGACUAGGUUGCCCCAGCCACUCUGGGGGGCUUCCAACACAUAUAAAAACAUAAUUAAACAUUAAACAUUUUUUAAAACAUUUCUCUACACAGGGCUGCUUUCAGAUGUCUUCUAAAAGUUGCAUAGUUACUUAUCUCCUUGGCUUGGAGUCGCAUCCAUACUCUCCAGCAUGAAAAUAGGGACAUCCUACCAUACCCUCCAUUUCCCCCCCAAUGAAAAUAGGGAUGUCCUAAGGAAAAGUGAGACAUUCCAAGAUCAAAUCAGAAACUGAGACAGCUUCUGUAAUUCAGGGACCGUCCCUGGAAAAUAAGGACACUUGGAGGGUCUAAUAUUCCUGGUUUAUGGAUGGUUUCUUAAUAGCCUGAAAAUCUUACUACUUGGUUUUUUAGAAUGUAGCAUUGAUCAAAGCUGGUAGGGCAGGGAAAUAUUUGGGCUCAGUGUGAAUUUGGACACAGGUCAAGUCCUGCCUAAAAAAAAUUUUUUUUAGAGUUCUUUGAGAGUGUAUGGAUAAGGGUGAGCCCAUCAACAUGGUGUACUUUGACUUUCAGAAAGGUUUUGAGACAAUCUCCCACCCAAUAUUUGUGAGUAACCUUAGCAGUCACUGGAUAAGGGGAGAGGGUAAGUGGUAAAAGAAUGAGAAACAGUGUAGGAAUAAAAGGACAGUUCUAACAGCGCAGUGGUGUAAGAAGUGGGAUUCCUCAAGGAUCACUCUUAGAAAUCGUACUUUUUAACUUGUUCAUAAAUAACCUGGUGUUGGGGUGGAGGGGUGAGCAAUGAAGUGGGAUGUAGGAAAAUUCAGGACAGACAAAAGGAAAUGUUUCUUCACACAGCACAUAAUUAAAGAACGGAACUGAGUACACAGAUUGCAAAAGCUCAUUUGCCCUGCAUCACACACCACCCACAUUUCAUAAUUUUAGGCCCUCAUUAGUGACGUUGUACUUCUGAUCCUUGGGAAUGUGACUGAAACUUUUAAAGUUACGAAUAAAUAAAUAUUAUCAAAUAAGCACACAUUUUUAUUUGCCUAUGGCUAAACCUGAGAGCUUGGAACCUGCAGAGAAAUUUCCUGCAGAAAAAUUGUGCCGUUUCUCAGAUAUAUGUGUGCUGUUUGCUUGAGUACCUAUCUGUAGUGAGUGGAAGGGAUUCAAACACUGAACUCUUGCUUGGGUUUGAUAAAGGUAUCUGGCAAUACACGAUUUAUUUAUUUCACACAGGGAAAUGUUUUCCCUGCCCUUCAAAUAAGUUCCCAAGGUGACUAAGCCAAGCGAAUCCAGAAUAUGUCGCAUCAGGAAGCUCAUUUGCUCAAAGCCACCAUGUUCUGCUUUUUAUGCUUCACUUCCAGUUCUUGAAUGUUUUUCAGAAGCCAAACAUCCAACGCAGUUUCCGCUUGAGUGCGGGAAGCUCCUGCAGCCAAUCAGAAGCUGCGCCUUGGUUUUCGAACAGUUUUGGGAGUCAAACAGACUCCUGGAAUGGACUAAAUUCGAGAACCAAGAUUCCACUGUAAGUGGAUCUUGGCUUUGAGACCAAGUGAAGCAACAAUGGAGAAGGGGCGUGUGGCCAGAGAACACUAUUCUGCCACCAUUUGGUAGCUUCCCCUUGUUUUAAACCUUGAUCGAACACCUUGGUUUAAAAGGUCAUAUGGCGCGUGUGGAAAUUUCAGGUGGUCUGGAAAGAAUCUAGUAAACUAGGACAAAGAGCACUUGAAGGCUUCCCACCAAAACUCUCUCUUGGAAUGGACAAGGGAACCCACUUUCUACUCUGCCAUAGGAGCUUCUGAAACUGCUAAAUGCUCUCCUGUAUUUAGCAUGCAUGGAAUGAAAUCUCCCAAUCUUUUAUGUACAGUGGUACCUCAGGUUAAGUACUUAAUUCGUUCCGGAGGGCCGUUCUUAACCUGAAACUGUUCUUAACCUGAAGCACCACUUUAGCUAAUGAGGCCUCCUGCUGCUGCCACACUGCCAGAGCACGAUUUCUGUUCUCAUCCUGAAGCAAAGUUCUUAACCCAAGGUACUAUUUCUGGGUUAGCGGAGUCUAUAACCUGAAGCGUAUGUAAUCUGAGGUACCACUGUAUUCCCUAAAUGACUGCCCCCCCCAUCAUGAAGGAAACAAUGACUACCAAAAUGUUGUUGGUGUGGGAAAAUGCAUCACAUUUGGGAGCUGAAAUUUAAAUCCACGUGAGGCUUGCUAAAGAAUGUGGGCAGGUUGACAUUUACGAUCCUUUCUCUCACCUCUUCCCUCACAAAUUGGCACAGAGCUGAGAAGAGAAGAUUUGCACUAGAAAGCCCCAUUCGAGUGUUAUCUUGGUGUUCAUUCCUUGUAAUAUUUUGCAAUUAUAACAACUUAAAUCAACUGCAAGUGCAUUCACAUCAGGCUUAAUUUCAGGCUGAACUGCUGCAGAGCAAUUAAGCAUCAUGCUUCUGUUUUAAUUAAACAACCCUGUGAAAUAUUCAGCGUUUUGAACCUGUUCUGGCCUGCCUCUUAUCACCGAAUUAUUGCCCUUAAUUUGUUUUUCUGCUGAAAGAUGGAUUUCACUUUAGGAUUACGGGAUGCUGUACUGUCAUUUUGUGGUCUCUUGUCAGCUCUUGUGAAUCUAGAUCAUAGCUGUCUUCAGUGCCUCUGACAUGUCCUAUAUGCACUGUCUCUUGACUAGUCUGUCUCAGCAGAUUUAUGAAGCCACAUUUGGCCUAUGAGGAGAUGAAUGGACGUUUUUGAUUAACUUCACGACAGAGAUUUCAGAUGACAGCAGAGUCUUCUGCUUGGCACUUACUUCAGGUUAUUCAGGGCACAUUAGAGAUAAAGCAUUCUACUCCUUAACAGAUAUGCAUUCUGAAUUAUUCAAUACUGAAUGGACAUAUCAGUUUAAAGAUAUUCCGAAAGACACAUUUCUCAGUUUACAGUGGAUUUCAUACUCCUGUUUAGAAAAGGAAGGUUGUUUGAAAUGAAUAGUUGUGCCCUUUCUGGGAAAUAAAUAUUUUCUUCUUCUUCCUACCUAUUCUGCAUUCUGCAGCCGCAAGGAUAUUCACAAUGUAAGCCUAUGCAGUUCUGCUAAGUAAAUCCUAUUGAGUUCAAUGGGGCUUGCUCUUAUGCAGGAAUGUGUGGGAUCUCAACCUAUGGGCUACACAGUUAAAGCAGUACCAUACUACAUAAAACAAUCAUGGCUUCUCCCAAAGAAUCAAUCCGCUUCUGGUGAGGGAACUGGUGAGGAAAUGUGGCCUGAGGAGAGGAAGCAUUGUUGGGAAGGGGGUGUGACUUGGGGAGAGUCACAUGUGACAGAUAGAUAGGCCAUAGGGUCUUGUAUUUGGCCCUCAUGCCUGAGGCUCCCUACCCCUCCUCUAGGCAAACUACUCUUACCCUUCCAUCUCCAAUAUAGAGAUAAUACCGUAUUGGCCCAAAUAGAAGCUGCACCUGAAUAUAAGCCACACCUUUAAAAUUGGAGGGGGAAAGAGAAAAAAAGAAAAAAAUACCCGAAUAUAAGCCACUCCAAUUCUUACUGCUCCUGGCUGCAUACUGGGGGGGGGGAGCCGCGCUGUGUUGCUGGGGGCCUUUCCCCUUCCUUGCUCUCUCCCUUCCCAGCCUUGGGGGAGAGGAUGGGGGAACUACACACGGGGCUGCCACUGCUUUGCCAUGCUCCCGUUGCUGUUUGCCCCAUGCUCCUGGUUGCAUACCGUAAGGUUGCGAAUAUAAGCCACACUUUAACUUUUCAUGGUUGGAAUGUGGGGGAAAAGUGAGACUUAUAUUCAGGCCAAUAUGGCAAUACUAGGUUGCUUCCGAGGGUUGUUGUAAAGAGUGCAACAACAGAAUGCUCAGUAAUAUCAUUAAAUAUAACUGAGUGUGCAAAAUGGAUAUCCCAAAAUGCACUUCAAGUGAAAUGUAUAUUUAGAAACCGGAGCUUCAAGGUUAUUUUUUUAACCACAAUUUCCAGGAAUCUGAAACAUUAUCACUAACAGAUUUGUAUGCAUCAUGUCUUCAAAAUCCAGCUAUCAGAGCAAAGUGGGCAAUUUUCGUUCUUAUGUUUGGUACUUUGAGAAAUAAAGUUUGGCAGCCUUAGAAACUGAGAUCCUGCAAGUUUUCUGAUUACUCAUAUGCAAAGCUGAUUAUGAGAUUUACAGCUUUGCUAAAAUUAUCACAUUUCAAUUCCCUGCUGUAAUGUAUUUCAGCAUUAAAACACAGCUAGGCAACUUGUAUUAACUUCAAAAAUAAAGAAAUAAAGAAAUAAAUAAGAUGCCUGACUCCAGUCAAUCUAUAAUGUUUGCUAAUGUCGUAUAUCACAUUUAUUUAUUUGCCUUGACAGGCAUGUAUACUUUGCAAUUUCAAGUAUAAUGAAUAUGAUUAAUUUUGCCUGUGGAAUAUCUUUUGUAGGAUGAAUCUUAUUGAUCCCAAGUUUCUUUUAAAAAUUAAGUUAAUUUGAAUAAGGUAAAGUAGCUGAAUAGGGACCAAGCUCAUGGCAGAAAUGAAAUAACCAUAUGAUCUCUCCUUCACUAGGUCAUUGUCUGUGAUUAUAUCUGGAAAGACCAUGCCAAUAAAUCUGAUGUCUCCAGUACUGGCCUCCAGCUCCCAAAUGAAAUCUUGAAAUCUAUCGGAAGCUCAGGAGCGGUCACUGUUCAUGUAUCUAUAUACACAGUUCAUCUUGGGGGCUUCCAAGAACUGUACAGGCACUUCCUUAGACUGCCUAGUGGUGCUAUUGUAGAG